AAAAAAAUAAUGGGAGAAACUCCAGAGAGUUGAGCUCGCAGUAUCCUGAGUGGGGAGGCACAGCGCAGCCCGGGCAGACUGGAGGUGGGUAUCUCAAUGGGGGGCUGACACAGGUCUUAUAUCAGUUACAGGAAUUGUGUUUAUACAGCGUGGGGUGUCCUGGCAGACAGCCGGCCCACCUCAGUAAAUCAGGCGAGACCAUACGGCUUAAUAUUCAGCUGCUCUGGGUCUCCUGUGCUGUGUGGCCAUCUGAAGGCUAGCAAUGCAUCAUGGGACACCAAGGGGUCUUAUGCCAUGUCUGAAAUAAGUGUUUAACCCCUUAAUGACACGUGACAUGACAUGAUUUCCUUUUAUUACAGAAGUUUGGUCCUUAAGGGGUUAAACCACUUUUCAGGGCUAUCCAGUAAAGUGCGAAUUGUGGAGAAUUCAAAGUGACUUUUUUUUUUACAUUUUUAGCCAGAAAAGUAAGUAUUAUCCAAAGCCAGUUAUGUUGUAAUUUGUUCACCUUCUUUUUGAACUAGUUGGCAAUUCAUGUUGUUAGUGAAUAACCCUGACUAUUGAUAGUUUGCGAGGCAGUGUUAGAAGGUAUUUACUCCCUUUUUAUGAAUGGAAAGGUGGCGAUAGGCUGAGAACAUCAUCUGAUACACUCAGCCUAUCAGCAGCGACCAGUCUGAGGCUUCCUGAUUGAAUAUGCGGACCGUGGGACUUCAGAAGUUUGAUGGGCAUAGUAGAUGGACGUUUGACUUCCUAAAUUUUGGGGUUAAACUGUAAAUGGUUCAUCAUCUUAAGGUAAGACAUGGCACGUGACCCCCUGGCACUAUAACAACUUAAGAGAGUUGGUGUACUUAUGAUUCUUAGACUGUCACUACUGAAAUCUAUGCACAGCCGAAUACCUAGCUAAAAGUAAGGUAGACGUUGUACUUUUAUUAUUCUUUUAACUCACACUGUUGCAUAAUCGUAUGUGCCUGCGCAUGUAUAGCAUUAUUGGAUGCCUCAACACGCAGGAGCUUUGAGUAUCUGAGAUUUAGACAAAUAUCGCCAAAGUGCGCAGAAAACGUAGUUAGUCAUUUGAAUGAUAUACAUAUAUUUAUUCAAUACAUGAUAAUUGGCCAAGUAAUUAGAACAAUAAUGCUAAAAUCGAUUUGAAAAAUAGCUAGGUUGGAGAAUUCUUCUAAAUCUCCCGAUUUGGUCUGACAUUUUAUAUUCAAUAUAAACAGAAAUAGUUAGAAGGCGCUCAUUUAGAGGGCCACCCAAAUUCCUUUAGCCCAGAGUACACUUCCCUCGAAGAUCUAACAGAAAAAAUAACUGAGCAUUAACUGGGUGAAAGAUCCAAGGCAGGUGUAUUGGGAAUCAGCAAUUCUUCCAAUUUGUGCCCAGUCCUUUCUUCUAUUAAAUUUUUUUAUUCAUGAUAAUACUCAGUGUAGUCCAUAACUCUGCUUGUACAUAGUUUAAAUAACUUGCUACAUUAGAUAAGCAUAUGUCACAGGGCACCCAAAAUAGUUAUUCCUCUUGGCUGCAACCUCUACAGCACAAUUGUCCACUCUGGCUGCUUGAAUGGGAAUUAAAGGCCCACUCUAGGCACCCAGACCACUUCAGCUUAAUGCCAGGUCCCUCUAGGAUUAACCCUUUUUUUUUUUUUUUCUAAACAUAGCAGUUUCAGAGAAACUGCUAUGUUUAUAAAUGGGUUAAUCCAGCCUCUUAAGCCUCUAGUGGCUGUCUCAUUGACAUACGCUAAAGGCGUUUGCGUGCUUCUCACUGUGAAAAUCACAGUGAGAAGACGCCAGCGUCCAUAGGACGGGGGCACCCUCAGGGCACUAUAGUGCCAGGAAAACAAGUGUUUUCCUGGCACUAUAGUGGUCCUUUAAGACAUUCUUAUGGGAUGUAUAGCUUACCAUUUAGUUUCUUACUGCAAUCAUACAGUUUUUUGAGGUAGUAGUUUUAAAGUUGGAUAAAGUACACUUGCAUUUUUCAGAAGGUAGGUUUUUUACUCCAUUUAGUUUUUUUUUAAAAAUUCUUUAUUUUUGUUGUGCAUGUUAUACAUAGCAAUGACAUACGCCACGACAGCGUGUCUUAGAAUAGAAUAUAUUUAGGUUGAACAGUGGCAUGAGGAAUCGCACAGUUUUAUAUAAUUAUAACAAUCAGCUUGGCAAAGCAGUGAAGUCAUUAGAUUAAAGUGGAAAGGUCAACGCUUAACAGUGCUAGGCUAGUUAUGCUAAGAUAUUUGGAAACUGCACAUUUUUAAUUAUUAUGUUGAAACUUGCUAGUCACAAUUUAUAUAAUGAAAAGAGAACACGAUAAACAUAUGUCACUAAACAACAAUGAGACAAAAGGCUAAGCUUUAAGUACUCUGACUGACAGCAUAUGAGUGAUUAGCCAAGGUGAGUAUCCAAUACGUAAGCAGUUAUUGCCUGCAGAAUAUUCAGUAUUUUGCAACAAAUAUUUUGAUGUGCACGAGGUUACAGGUUAUCAACAGAUGCCACAACAGCGCAUUUCAACAUUCACCAGCAUUAAACAGUGGCAUGAUACUUCCCACAAUUUUUAUAUUUUUCGAGUUUAACUAAACAGUUAUUUCGUUAGAGUGGGAUUAAGAUAAAAUAAAGAUGCUUGGUGCUUAAUACUGCUAGAUCAGCUAUGCUAGUAUAAGUAUACUGAGUUAGCACGUUUUGUAGUGUAGAAAUAGCUGAUUACAAUGCAAUUACUUUGUGCUGUGAGUUUUUAGGCUAGGAGGCAUUAGAAACACAGGCAAGUAUCAUAUUAGUGGUACCUAAACAUUCUGAGUGCUGUGUGUGACAGUGAAAAGGCAAUUACAGCGCAGGUUAAAGUGUGUAUAAAGCUGCUGUGCUUUCCUGUUGUAUAGGUGCUAGAAUAUCUGGGAUCUGUCUAAGCUCCUGCUGACGUUUUUCCCAUAUGCAAAAAAAAAGGGAAAAAACAAUGAAAAAUGACAGUUAUGUGCCUUAUAAGUAUUAAAGGCUGGAUAAGUAGACUGGUUGAUUAUUAAACAAACAGUGGCUAUGUGCGUAAUACUGCAGGUGAACAAACCUAAGCAUGCCAAUCAGAGCAACAAGGUCCCCUGGGGUCCUCCAGGCAAGAGUCCUGCUCCAAAGGCUGGCAUACAUAAUGAGAGAUAAAAAGAUGAUGAGAAAAGAAAUGAGUCCUCAGGGUCCUGAUUAUUGAUAUCAUCAGCCGAUGCCUUUCGGGGUAUUGGUGGCGCUCCGGCGUGGUACUCUAUUUCUCGGUAGUUCGAUGUAGGCAGGUUGUGGUGUUGCUGAGCUUGGAGGGUGCGCCCUUCGGCUCCAUUUAUGUGGUAACCGAGGCGUAGGUGACCGGUGUGGUGCUCUGCGGUCUGAAUGGGGCACUUUUUGCUGGAUCCCAGCUGUGGGUCGGGGUGGUGGGAGCACGGGGUCCCGCUUGGGAGAGUGAAUCCUGUGACAGACCCAGGGUUCGUAGAAGAACCGCUGCAUCUUGCAUGCUUUUGAUUUGGUUUGUUGUUUCGCAAUGUUGUACCAGGAGCGUGUGUGAGGACCGCCAGCGAUACGGUAUGUUGUUAUGCUGGAGUGUGGCGGUGAGAAGCCGAAGUGACCUGCGCCACGCCAGAAUUCCACUGGACAGGUCGGCGUAGAAGGUUAAUUUUGCAUUCUCAAACUGUAUGGGGGCUUGUCUGACCCAUUUUUAAAGGUAAGUAUUGUGUCCCUUGUGGCCAUGUCUGGGCCCCAGCGGGUUUUGGAAUCCGGAAGAGAUCUGUGGGUGUGAUGGCUUUGGCUUGGUCUGGGGGCAGUAUAGUGGUUAGCAGGGGCUUGAUCGUGUGCGGUAGGUCAGGCUCUGGCAACCCGUCUGGGAUCCCCCUGACCUUUACAUUUUUGUAGGUUCCUCUUGCAGGGUCUUUUAACACCCCGGUGGUUACCAGGUCGGCGUCUGGGUCCUUCCUUGAUUUGCUGGGUGUUGCCCUCGGCUUUGGGUCUGGGGCUAGGAGGCAUUCAUCUUCGGCUCCCCCUGAGCAGUCGUCUGAGAUAUCCGAGCAGCCUCCGUGGAGUGCCGCCAUAUUGGAUCUGCUCGGGCCGGAUGCCUGCUGCAACAUUUCAUCUAUUGUGAUUCCUGGGGCUGGUUUGUCCGGCGUCUGUUUCUUGUGCUUGCGUCCCAUUAGGGCUUAAGGGGUUCCUGCUUUCGGUCAGUGGUUAUUGGGGGUAGUAUCUGCCGUUUUAAAGUGUAUUUUCUCAGUUUUUGCUCUGAGCUCCUGAGUCUUGCCUCUGCUGUUAGACUCCGCCCCCCCCGUCUAUUCGUGGUUUUGGUCCAAUGCGAACGGCUGCCAGUGAGCUAGCGUUCAGUUCUAUGGAAAGUGCCAAACCACCCCAUUUAGUUUUUUUGGCCUAGAAUUUCCAGUUCUCUAAUGAAUUCCUGAAAAAUGAAGGUGUAAAGAAUAACACAAUUUCUUAUUCCCUUUAUUCCCGAAAGCAUGAGACAGAACCUCUCUUCAUCAGGCAGAAAAUAAGAUAUGGAACUGACCUUGAUGGCCAAACCAGCGUGUCUCAUAGAGAGUCUUAUAACUUCAAUAAUUUAAUGACAGCCACUAGUAGACGUAUAAAUUGCAAAAUGUAAACAUAAACAGGCCUUUUUUUUUCCCCACUAGCAAGGCUGCAGGAGAAACACUCUAAUGUUUAAAACACAUACAUGAAUUCCUAACGUUAAAGUGCUUUAGUAUCUAUUUUGAUUUUUGGGUCCCCUUAGAAAUAGAAAAACAAAUAGUUUUAUUUACCUUUAGUCUCCCGGAGAUUUCACUCCCCUGACUGGGAUCGUCAUUACAGGUGAUUUUCGUUAAUCCAAUGCUUCUUCAUAGGGAAGCAUUGGGGGCUAGUACGUAUGCAUAUCUCGGUGGGAAGUAUAAGGGUGACGAAUGUUGGUCUUGAAAAAAGAUAGCAUCACUGCACCAGGAGGGGCCUCUAGCGACUGUCACUGAAGAUAUAGAAAAGAAUGUAAACACUGCCGUUUCUCAUAAAAGGCAGUUUUUGCAUUGCUGAUAUUGUAGGAACAGUCUCUUUGCACCAAGAACAGUACACUAUGCUGUUGUUCAUUGGGUGCUUAGAGUGUACCUUUAAGAUAAAGUGAUUUUGAUGCUUAGAUUUGGCUCAUUCAAAAAAAAAAAAAAGAAACUAGGCGGAAAUGGGAUGAAUAGUUUGCUCUAUCUGAACUGGGAUUUCCAGCUGUUAAUUUUAGUAAGUGUAGUGUCUCCCCAGGGCGGUUGGAGGAAAUAAGGGAUUGAGGAAAACAAAUGAUGCCACUGCUUCUGUACGGUAUUGUACUUUUAGACUUGGCAGUAAUGAUUAAUUCUCGCAGUAAAUGGAAAGGAAUGUGUGUCUAGACUGAGGUAUAAAGUUACAUAAACUUUUAUAUUUUACCUUUUAGUUAUGUAGGCAACCUUUUUUGUGUAUUGGAAAAUUAUUCGCCUAACAGUUAAUUCUAGAUAUUUGAAACUGAAUUGCAUAACAUAAAGGGUUAUUCACUAUUGUGAAAAUUCAAGGUCAAAUUAGCUGGAAGCAUAGCUGACUUAGAGGAUUUUUCCAAUUUGGCUAUUUUUACUUUGAGUUCCCUUUGAAUUAUCUUUUUAGUAAAUAUCCCUGCUAGACUAAAAUUGCCUAGGAGUAGUGAUGUCCCGAACGGUUCGCCGCGGACGGCGAACAUAUGACCCUGUACCUCACAGUCAGCAGACACAUUCCAGCCAAUCAGCAGCAGACCCUCCCUCUCAGACCCUCCCACCUCCUGGACAGCUCACUAAGAAUGCAGCUUCAAAAUGGAUGCUGUCCAGGAGGUGGGAGGGUCUGCUGCUGAUUGGCUGUAAUGUGUCUGCUGACUGUGAGGUACAGGGUCAUAUGUUCGCUGUCCGCGGCGAACCGUUCGGGACAUCACUACCUAGGAGUCAUUUUUAGAUGAAAUGGAAAAUCUUUCCAAGACCUGAACUUUUUGACUAAAUUUUGGAAUUCGGUUUUCAAUUAUCUGUAGAACUAUUUAGUAAAUGUUUGUAAGAAAUUGAAUAAAAGAAUUUAAAAAAAUAAAAUAAAAAAAAAAAGAUCUAUUUAGUAAAUGAAGCUUCUUUUUUUUGUUUUAAUUUAGAGUUUGGGAAUUUAGAAUUUUGGUUAUGUUUUGGACACAUAGGUACUAUAACUUACUAAAAGAAGAACUCAAUCUCAUUACAGUACAACAUUUACUAAAGUGUGAAUUUAAAUUUCAAAGCAAAAUUGCCAAAGUGGGAAAAAUAAAAUCUUCAGAUUGGUUUUCAGCUUUGGCAUAAAAUUUGGAAUUCAUUUUGUACUCCCUGCCAUUCAUACUUGUGAAUAGCUGCUAAACAUUUCUAUUCAAGUGUUUUGUAGACUUUAUAGUAAAGCACAAACAGUAACUACUCUCUGCUUUGUAAAUUAGUUUCUCGAAUCCGCAUUCGCUUCAUUAGUGAAUUUUAUUUGCUUAUACAAAGUUGAUUAUCUCAUUAUUUAAAGGGAACGUAUAGUUCAGAAAAUGUUUCCCUGCCACUACAGGGACUUCUUUCCUCCCCGUUUUUUGUUUUUGUUUGUUUCUUCCUCCCAAUCCAAUGCUACAUCUGCCAUGCUCUUCCAACCAAAUGCUAUUUAUCAGAAGCAUUGGUUUAAAAACAGUCAGUUAUAGCAGCGGAAGCCCCCUUUAGUGGCUGUCAAGAAGAACAACUCUAUAUGCUUUGGGAGUCAGAAAAAAGUUUGUUGUAUAAACUCCUAAAGUGGUCAUGUUAUAUUUAAUACUUUUUUUUUUUUUUUUUUCAUCUGCAUCAUUUGUUUGAGAAGAUUGUGAUAAGUUAGCAAGCAUCCAGUUGCUGCUAACCGAAAAGCUCCUUCCUUCUGCCUCAUCCCACCACGGCAGCACACGUGAAGCCCACUGUGUGCAGAGUCAUCGUCUAUUUACAAAGAGAAAUGUCUGGUGACACUUGUUUGACAGCGAUGUGCCCUGCUUCGGGCGCCAAACCGAAAACCUACAGCUUUAAAGGAGGGUGCCUUGGGAACAAGUACAUACGGCUAAAUGUUGGAGGCUCUUUAUACUACACUACAGUACAGGUUCUCACAAGACAUGACACCAUGCUGAAGGCUAUGUUUAGUGGUCGAAUGGAGGUCCUCACAGACAAAGAAGGUAAGAUGAUUCUUUUCUACCUGUUUUAUUGGAAGUAAAUGGAGGCAUAUUACAAAAAUACAAACAUACUAGCAUGGUCUGUAGUGAUUAUAGCCCUUGGACUACCGCUUCAAGGGACAGUGCUGUAAUAUCCUAUAUGUGCCUAGUCUCGCGGGAUAUCCACUGCAAUGAUCAUAAUGGCAGAUAUUGCUGUCCAUACAGCACUACAUGUGUUAACCCACUGACUCCACUGAUUUUUAAUUUAUUUUUUUUAUUGCAUAACAGUUGCUGCUAGAAAGGGCAGCGCAGUCAGUGAUGCAGCCAUAUGCCUCAUUGCUAUGCUUGUUGGAAUUUAAAUAUCUUAUUGUUGGUUUUAAAUGAGUGCUUACUAAAUUUUAAGUAAUCCCACUGAAGGUAGUUAUGAUCCAACCAGAAUAUUUUCUAGUUUGAUUCUUUGUUGGUGUUUCUUUGAUUUAAUUAUAUGUUGGAAUUUACCCUUGAUCACUUUGUGCAUUUCUCGAAACAGACACAAUGGGCUUUCUCCAAACAAACCACAAAGAAAUUCACUCAUCCAUUUAAUCUAAAAACAGGAAGCCGCACACCGGACAAUGUUAUGACUUAAUACUCUUUUGGGAAAAAAAGUCCCAAUUCAACUGCACAACUAUCUCCACUGUAAACACUGCAGGUGUAGGAAACCUUCAGCACUCCAAAUGUUGUGGACUACAACUCCUUUAAUGCUCUAACAUCCAUAUUGCUAGGAAAAUCCAUAUUGCUAGGAAAACAUCAGAGGAGAUGUAGGCUACAAGAUCUUAAGUACGGAAUGUUGCCUACUCUUGUACUAUAGUGUUUGUGUCCUCCUGACUAAAAUGGACCUUUUUAUAUGUUGACCUAAUAGAUGUAACUGCAAAGUUACUGCAGGCUUAAUUACAUGCACUGCACUUUACAGGCGAAUUGGUUUAUAUGGCUUUCAUUUUAUGUCUACAUGUGUUAUUGUGAACUUUUCAUUUUGUCAAGUUGAAUGAAGACUUAUGGUAGUGAUGGUUAACUUUGGGAAACCACGUGUUUUAAAAACUACAUUUCCCAUGUUUGCUUAGCCACAUCACAGAAAUAAAAAAUCUCAAAUAUUUCAUUUAAUUUAAGGGUUCAUUCAGCUUGUAAGAUACUUGCAAAGCUCAGGCCUAAAUUGUCAGAUUAUGUUUUCAUAUUUAACCAUGUUUACCUGUGUUUUUUCAGUUAUCUUGCCAACUAGCUAGUUAAUGAAUACACAUUUAAAACUAACACCAUUAUAUUUAUUGCCCCCAGCAUCUGUUAGCAUCUGCCAUUUUCCUCUAAUAAUACAGCUGUAAAUGAUACUGUGUAUGGCACUGUAUAUCCUGGGAAUUGCUCGGCAUGGAUUAUGGAAUUUGUAGUUUUACUUGUCAGGCUUCUGUUAUAGCUAUACAACCUACAAAAAAAAAAACGGCUUGAGCUAUCUGGUCGAUGCUAUACUGUACAUAUGUGGCUUUUAUUAAUUAAACUAGCUUGAGGCUUUACAGUUUUCACUAUAAAGUUGGAAGGUGGACUAUAGCUCCCAUAAAUACCUACAUGAUAGAUACUUGGUACACCCAUAGAAAGAUAUAGGUGCCACAUUGUUGCCAGUCCAAUCUCCUUUUCUUUUGUUGUUUAGGUAUUGUAUCUGUUAUAAUUGCAUGAUUUGGCUAUUACAUGACGAAAAGUCAUGAUUUUAUUAAAGACACGGAGGCGAGUAUUGCAUAUCCCUUUCUUUACUGUCCACCAAUAGCAGCAAAGGAUAUAAACAGAAUGAAAAAAACAAUGAACAUACAGUAACAUAGGCCCCUCCCUGCACAGGUCCCAGUAUACUAGGCAGCACUUCCCUUCCAUUUUCCUCUUUCUGGAGAUGCGACACUAUACACAAAGUCCAUAACAGGAACAGCAAUAUAGUCCAGAGAUAAACAAAAACGUAGAAACGUCAACCCAAGAGGAGGAUCAUAACAUCAAUUAACAUGGAAGCACAACUUGAUGACUGCCGAUCAAACUGUAUUCGCAGGGAGAGGGCUUCACAUGCCGAAACCAGACAUUCCAAUGGAGCUGAUUAGGCUGUGAAAACAUAAAGAACAGGAGCCCGAGGGUGAAAUCGGUACUUGAGACUGACAUCAAGGCCAGACAGAGCAAGGCCCAACCAACAUCUGCAGAGAAAUAACCAGAUAGACCCAAACUGACAUAGUUACAUCAGAUCCCUUCCAACACAUUUCCCACUUACCGUACCAAUCAAAGCGAUACAUUUCACCUAUAUAUUGAAAUAAACUGGGGGGGGGAACAAACAAGUCAUAACCUGAGCAGUAUAAAAUGGGUGGGACAAUACUUGCCUCCGUGUCUUUAAUAAAAUCCUGACUUUUCGUCAUGUAAUAGCAAAAUCAUGCAAUUUUAUGACAAGACACGGAGGCUCAUAUUGCAAGUUUACAAGCUGAUCGACUACUGCCGCAAACGUAUGAGGAACCGGUCUGAAGUAGAAUUCCCGAAUAAACGAUUCCCUCGACCAGUCGGCCAUCUUCAUGAGGUCCUCCAGGCGCACGCCUGAAGCCAUCAUUGAAGGCUACAAGAUCUCAAGGCCGAGGCCCCCCUGAUCGAAUGGGCGCCGAAAAUCGCAGUGUCAAUACCGGCUUGAGAGAGUAGCCAUUUAACCCAUCGAGACAAAGUGGUGCUAGUUACUGGUUGAAACGGCGGACGGGUAGAUAAAAAUAGAUUGGGAGGGGGGGAGGAGGAUGCGGAACGGUGUAGCUUGGUGCGAUCCUCAUAUUCGCGUAGGCAAACCACCGGACAUAGCGCUGGUGUAGUGGGGAAACUCGGAUAAGAUACUGACCUAAUAGAAGUUUUGGUGCGUCUGCUGAUGUUGAAUGUCACUCCUUCUGGGGUAUAUGAUCUGGCAUUAAAGUCCAGUGCUCGGACAUCCGAGACCCUUUUACAGGAGAUGAGACAAAAGAAACAGACCAACUUGGCUGAUAGUUGUCUUAGGGAGAGCGUGGAAUUAACCCCUUAAGGACACAUGACGGAAAUAUUCCGUCAUGAUUCCCUUUGAUUCCAGAAGUUGUGUCCUUAAGGGGUUAAUGGGCCAAGAAGCGAGGAAGGAUAACACCACCGAUACAUCCCAGCUCGCGGUGUAUCGUGGUCUGGGUGGCAGAGAGAGGCGAGAACCUAGGAGCCAGCACACCAGGGGGUGCUGGCCCGCCGGGCAGCCAUCGAACCCCUGAUGCGUUGAGGAGAUGGCCGACCGAUAUAGGUUGAUGGUCCUGUAUGCGUAACCUGCUUCAAAGAGGGAAGUCAGGAACUGUAGGACUGCAGUUACAGGGGCUGAAACGGGAUCCAUGUCCCGAGCCAGGCACCUAGUAUGUCUACUAAGCAGCGAGCAGCCAAAAAAAUGGUGACUAGGCAGCUAUUACUGCCCAGUCGCUAUUCCAGUAAAGGUGGACUUGGCACAGGUCUUCCAUGACUUUGUGGUGCAGCAUCUAAUAAAAUAAUUAAGUAAGGAGGACAUAGUGUUCUCACCGUGCCCCGUGAGUGGGGGCCACUGAAAUAAGCAGGGGACUUAGUGAACCCUUCCAGCAGGUGGCUCUUAAAUGAAAUCAACGUUCCCUGCGAGUGGGGGUUAUUAAAAUAUACAAAGGACCUAGUGUCCACUUUCUACCCUGUGGCCACGGGUGGGGUCUACUAAAUAAAGUGUCGUGGACCUAUUGUCCCCACCCCCCAACUAUAUUAAACAAAUAUUAGCCCCCUAGUGACUAGCGGGGGUAAUAAACUAAAUACUGUACCGUUAAAUUUAAAAUAAAUAAAUACCAUUAGAUGUCCUCUUUCUUUUUCCAUCUUCUUUUCUUCAGUCCCAAUAAAGGACAAAUUAAAAUACAUAAAGUCGCUUCGCAACUAUUUAUAAUAAAGAAUUAAACCAGAGUCGAUCAUUCAGAGCCCUUAAAUUGCACGGUGUGGGAAAGCUUUUUAAGGUAGUCAGUGUGCUUCUGUGUCUGUGUGUACACACACAUCUGUGUGUCAGGGUGUGGGCAUGUAUCAAUGUUUGUGUGUGUCAGGUUGUAUGUGUGUAUAUGUUGGUGUGUACUUGUCGGUGUAUUUACAUGCAUCCGUGUGUUAAUGUGCAUGAAUACCUGUGUAAGUAUGUAUGUAUGUAUGUGCAUACAUCCAAGCAGUCAAACACCAGCACAACAUACAAGCACACUCAUGCAAUCUAACACAAAUUUUACAUGCAAACACACCCCUUCACUCAAACACAAAUACUUCACACAAAUGCACAUUUAAAAGUGAAAUUUACAUUCAGACACACCCCUGCAAUCAAACGCAAACAUUACAUAAAAACACACCCCUUUAUUAAAACACAAUAAAUGUAUACAAUCACACCUUCAAACACCAACACUGUACAUUACGCUAUAGCGCCAGUAAGUGCUGCAGCGCUGUACAGAUAUACAACCUAGAAAUUUUGACUAGGGGUACCAUGGAGAAAUAAUGAAAUAUUAAGGGCGCCUUGAACCUAAAAAGUUUGGGAACCACUGCAUUAUAUGCUUGCAAUAUCAGCAAAAUAGAAUAACAUACCCUCUUGAACAAAUCAACCUCCCAGUUAUGAUAGCAGCGUCUCUGGAUCCAAAACUCUCUCCCGUGUCUAAUAUUAAAGGGACUCUCCAGGCAGACCGUUUUACUUACCUGAUUCCCGCGCCGGGAGCCUCGUGAAGCCGCGCCCCCUAUUUUGUCAAAAUGACGAAAUAGGCGGGCGCGAGCAGGGAGCAAUCAGACGCUUCCAUUUGGAAGCGUCAUUGCUCCCUUGUGCGCAUGCGCAGCUUCUCCGCACAUACUUUAAGUCCUGAGCGCAAUACUGACUGACCGCUCAGCUUGCAGUCUUUGCCCGCCCCCUCUCCAGGCAGGAGAGAGAAGGCGCGCACACAGUGCCUUCUCUCUCCUGCACACAUCAGACCUAUUUUAAUACGUCUGAUGUGUACAAGGCCUUUUUAGGGCCCUACAUGAUAGGAAGUCCCUCUGGUGGCCAUCUGAGUGACGGCCACUGGUGUUAUUCCUAUCAAUCAAUGUAAACACUGUAUUUUCUCUUAAAUUCCGUGUUUACAUUAGUUUGCCUGCAGGGAGCUAUAGAUCUCACCUGAACAAAUACAAUAAGCUGUAGUUGUUCAGGUGACUAUAGUGUCCCUUUAAUACUAAUAUCUUAGAUUUUCGAUUAGAUCAUGUUAUGACUUACCACGGCAAAGGUACGAGGCCAUGGACUAAAACUCAAGGUACACUAUAGUCACCAGAACAACUACAGCUUAUUGCAUUUGUUCUAUUGAGUAGAAUCAUUGCCUUCAGGUGUUUUGCUGUAAACACUCUUUUCAGAGAAAAUGCAGUGUAUAUAUUACAGCCUAGUGAUAACUUCACUGGUCACUCCUUAUAUGGCAGCUAAAGCUGCUUCCUGUGACAGUGCUGCCUAGCGUGCAGCACUGCCAUUCAGUGUCUUCUCUCUCUGCAUGGAGACCCUGAACUUUACUCAUAGAGAUUAAUUGAUUCAAUUCAUCUCUAUGAGGAGGUGCUGAUUGGCCAGGGCUGUGUUUGACUUGUGCUGGCUCUGCCCCUGAUCUGCCUCCUUAACAGUCUCAGCCAAUCCUGUGGGGAAGCAUUGUGAUUGGCUCAGACCACCACUUCUGAUGAUGUCAGCACGCAGGUCAGAGGCAGACAGGGGCAGACCAGCAGCUGCGGACUUAAAUACAAGUAAGCUUUUACUAUAUUUAGGGAGACUAGGGGAGCCAGGGGGGUUAGAUGGGGGUUUUAACACUACAGGGUCAGGAAUACUUUUUUAUGUUCCUGACCCUAUAGUGAUCAUUUAGGGUUGGACAUGACAUGGGAAAUUCCCUGACUUGGUGUUACAUUAACCUAGGACAAAAUGGUAUCCCAAAGUCUAAACCCCAUAUUCAUUAAAUAUGGGUAAGUGGUCAUUUAUUAAAGAAACAUUGUAUGAAAAACAAUGUUCUCCAUUUCUAACAAUUUUUCAAAUUUUGCAAAAUCUCUUAACCCCUUCAGGACGGGUGACGGACGAGGUCCGUCACACAGGGGAGACCCUUAACGAUGGGUGACGGACCUCGUCCGUCACGCGGUAAAAUUAACCCCGGAUCGCCGCUAUCGCGGCGAUCGCGGGGUUAAUGGUGCUCCCGGUAUGCCUCCGCAUUGGAGGCAUACCGGGAGCACCCGGUCAAGCUGCCCAGCACAUGUGCUCGCUCUGACCACAAGUCUGAGCGAGCACAUGUGCUCUGUAUACUCACCUACCGGCUCCCUGCACUUCCGGGUUCUGUGUGAAGUGCAGGGAGCCGGAUCAGUGCUGAUCCUGCCCCCUGCUGUUAAAAAAAAUAAAGUUAAUUUAAAGUCCCCCCCCCCUUACCCAUUUUAAUAAAAAAUUAACCCCUUCCCUGCCAAUUGAUCACUGACUACAGUGAUCAAUUGGCAGGGAUUACAUUUUACUAUGAUCUGAUUUUUUUUUUUUAACCCCUGAGGGUUAAUUCUUUUUUUUUUAACCCUCAGGGGUUAAAUUAAUUUAAUUAAUUAAAUUAUUUUUAAAUUAUAUAUUUAGAUAGCUGGGGUAGGUGGAAGUUAGUGGGGAAUUGGGGGAUUUGACGUUAGGCUAACUAGGGGUUAACGUUUUAAAAGAAACUUUAAAAAGUUAAAAAUUAAGCUUAAAAAAAUGUUUUAAUAACAUUUAAGUAAUAAAAACAAAAAAACACACUUUACCUAGUCCAAAUAAAAAUUAACCCCUUCCCUGCCAGUCGAUCACUGCCUACAGCGAUCAAAUAGAGAUCACAGUAUUAUACUGUGAUCUAAUUUUUUUUAACCCCUGAGGAUUAACUUUUAUUUAUUUUUUUAACCCUCAGGGGUUCAAUUUAUUUAAUUAAUUAAUUUAAAUAUUUUAUAACUAUAUAUUUUGCUAGCUGGGGUGGGUGGGAGUUAUGGGAAAAUGGGGAAUUUACUGUUAGUGCUGCGUACUGCUAGUUAGGGGUUAACAGUAAAAAAAAUAGCUUAGAAAAAUGUUAAAUCUGUAAAAAAGUUUUAAGAAAGUUUAGGAAAGUUUAAAAAAAAUUUAUAAGCAAAACAAAAGUUUAAAAACUAGUUUUUAAAAGUAAAAAAGUUAUAAAAAGUAAAAAAAUACAUUUUAAAAACGCUCAUUACCACUACACCUGGAACAAACUAGAGAAAAAAUUAUCCCACGCCAAGGUUCAAAAUAUGCCUUUUGAAUUACCCCAGGGUGUAUUCUUUAAUAAAUAGUAUGUGUUUGUGGGGAAGUUUCAAUAACCAACCGUCUAAACUAUUCCAAAUUGGAACAUGGACACAGCGUAAAACUUCAAAGUUAGAAAAAAACUGAAUGGCUGCGUCUCAAAUGCGCCCCUUCAACAUCCACAUAUACCUGGCAAAGGUACAUACGGGGGUAUUGCUGUACUCAGCCGACAUAGCUGAGCAACAUAUGAAGUAUUAUACAGUCAUAGUACACAUAAGGUUUGCAAAAUAUGCUGCGCAAACUCACUUUGUAUGUCAAAAAGGCAGAAAAAAUGCUUAUUACCACUACACUUGGUACAAGCUAGCGGAAAAAUGAUCCCACACUAAGGUUCAAAAUAUGCCUUUUGAAAUACCCUGGGAUGUCUUCUUUAAGAAAUGGUAUGGCUUUAUGGGGAAUUUGGAUUAUAUAGCCUGGUAAAAUACUCUAAAAUGGGACAUAGGCACAGCAUAAAAAUUCAAAGUUUGAAAAAAACUGGAAUGGCUGUGUCCCAAAUGUGCCCCUCCGAUGUCCACACAUACCUGGCAAAGGUACAUACGGGGGUAUUGCUGUACUCAGCCGACAUAGCUGAGCAACAUAUGAAGUAUUAUACAGUCAUAGCACACAUAAGGUUUGCAAAAUAUGCUGCGCAAACUCACUUUGUAUGUCAAAAAGGCAGAAAAAUGCUUAUUACCACUACAUCUGGUACAAGCUAGCGGAAAAAUGAUCCCACGCUAAGGUUCAAACUAUACCUUUUGAAACACCCUGGGGUGUCUACUUUAAGAAAUGGUAGGCCUUUGUGGGGUAGAUUGAAUUUAAAACCUGCGAAGAUGCUUGGAAAUUGCACAUAGGCCCAGCGUCAAAAUUCAAAGUUUGGUAAAAACGGAUAUGGCUUGGUCUCCUAUAUGGCACUGUAGCUUCACAAAAUAGUGACAAAGACAUUCAUUGGGGGUGUAUUUUUACUCAAAAGACUUAGCUGAGCAUAAUUUGGGAGGUUUGAACUUAGUGGCACAUAUGAAAUAUACAAAACGCCCAGCAAAAAUGCAAUCCGUAUGUAAAAAAUGCACAAAAUAAUUUUUUACCACAUACUUUGGCAUAUAUUGGUGAAAAAAUGGGGGUAUGUUAAGGCACAAUAUGCACCUUAUGAGAUACCCUGGAGUGUCUACUUUUACAAAUGGUAGGCCUUUGUGGGGGUUUUUUGAACAGUCAAACUGUUAUAAUACCCCAAAUGGAAGCUAAGGCUCAUUAAAUCCGUCUCUCAAAAUUCUACUGUGAAUACUGUAAAGGACAGGUCUCCUAUAUGGCACUGUAGCUUCACGAAAUAGUGCCAAAGACAUUCAUAUGGGGUGUCAUUUUACUCAGAAGACUUAGCUGAGCAUAAUUUGGGGGGUUUGAACUUAGUGGCACAUAUGAAAUAUACAAAACGCCCAGCAAAAAUGCAAUCCGUAUGUAAAAAAUGCACAAAAUUUUUUUUUACCACAUACUUUGGCAUAUAUUGGUGAAAAAAUGGGGGCAUGUUAAGGCACAAUAUGCACCUUAUAAGAUACCCUGGAGUGUCUACUUUUACAAAUGGUAGGCCUUUGUGGGGUUUUUUUGAACAGUCAAACUGUUAUAAUACCCCAAAUGGAAGCUAAGGCUCAUUAAAUUCAUCUCUCAAAAUUCUACUGUGAAUACUGAAAAGGACAGGUAUCCUGUAUGGCACUGUAACUUCACGAAAUAGUGCAAAAGACAUACAAUGGGGGUGUCAUUUUACUCAGCAGAUAUAACUGAACACAAAAUAAAACUUUGUACAGGAAUAGCACACACCAAUUUUAAAAUACACAUGAGGAUUUCUUUGUUAAAAAAAAAAAAACAAAACACAAUUUUACUCCAAUAUUUAGCAGAGGUUGGCGGUGAAAUGGCUACGUAGAAAAUGUCAAAACAACCUUAGGUAAACAGCCUGUGAUGUCUACUUUAUAUAAAUAUAUACUUUUGUGUGGCAAUUUUGUUUUCUUUUAUGGCUAUUAAGCUUACAAGACAAACAUACCAGAUACUAAAAUCGCUCCACAUUAAAAGUUUAUUUUACUCCUUGUGCUUUGUGACCUGUAACUACCAAAAAAAACUUAAAAUCCCAGACACAUUAUAUAUUCUGUAAAUCAGAACAAAUAAAUAAAUUUAUUUUUAAUUACUUUCCUUAACCUGCACUAAUUAUGCACACAUUAUUAUUGCAAAAACUGUAAAAAAAAACCCAAUAUUUUUCAUUUUUUUUGCAUUUUUCUGUAUUUUUUUUAUAAUAAGUAAGCAUUUAUAUAUAUAUAUGUUAUAUCAAAUUAAAGCCCUUUCUGUCCUUUAAAAAACAGUAUAUAAUAUGUGUCGGUGCAAUAAAUGAGAGAGAUGCAAAUUGCAGUUGAACGCAAACAGCAAGAAAAUGCAAAAAUUGCUUGUGUCAUUAAGCGUAAGUCAAGCUUCUGAAGCUGUGUCCUUAAGGGGUUAAAGACAAAGUACACAGUUUAAGAAAUAUAAUUUUUCAUUCUAAAAACAUAAAAUAUUUGCAUAAGCCCAUAACACAACUGUAAGUUAUGCAAUUAAUGCUUUUUGUGUUUACAGGUUGGAUUCUCAUUGACCGUUGUGGUAAACACUUUGGGAGUAUUUUAAACUAUCUUCGAGAUGACACCAUUGCACUUCCAAAGAACAGACAUGAGAUCAAAGAGCUAAUGGCUGAGGCUAAAUAUUACCUCAUUCAGGGCUUGGUAGACAAAUGCCAGACAGCGUUACAGGUGAGGAUUAGUAACACACUACCGGUCUAUCUCAUUCCAAUGGCAUGCAACAUGCAGGUGUGCUUAGGUCUCUUAGGAUCUUUGUUUCAGGUAGAGAUAUGUGUGGGGUUUAUUUAUUUAUUUGUUUUGCUUUUCUCUUUCCCCAGGCAUUUAUAAUGCUGGGUUGUUGGACAGUUAAUGAGUCUCCCAUAUGAAAGUUAUAAAUAAAGAGAUAACGUUAUAAUCAAGCAGUGAGACAGUCCCUUAUCAGAGCUCUACGGCUCCCAUCAGGAUGUGUAACUUUGUCGGUUGGUAGAAGCACUGAUUUUUCUAUUGAAAUUGGCAUUUUAUGUAUUGACAAGGACAGACUCUGUUAAUUUUUUAUUUUCUCUGACAAUUUUCUUUACCUUGUUUCUGAAUCCCUUUAUAGGGCAACUUUAUACAGACACUCCUGUUACACAUAGGUUUGAAAUUGUUUUCUUAAAAAAAAUACUUUUCAGUCAUGACAAUCUUCUUGUCCUGGCACAAAACAAAUCUUAAGAUUGAGGCCCCUGCCCAGAGCUAUUUGUUGAACACCGAAUUUUCACAAAAUAAAUUUGAAAGUACAAAUGGAGGUAAAACUAGUUAAAAAUGUGGAAGAAUUCUCUGCCAUAGUCACAUGGAUAUAUAUGGAUAUAUAUUUUUAUUUGUUUUGCAAAAAUUCAGUCUUUUGAAUUACACGGAGUGUCUUACCCUCUGCUUUCCAGUAGUAUCCCUUUUCUUCAUAGGGGGUGUGGUGUGUGAGGUGAGUGCUGGCUGUGUGUCGUAUUUGUUUACAGUGUGUGCUGGCUCUGUGUAAUGUGCGUGCAGAAAGUACUGACUGUGUUUGUUACAAGUGUGGUGUAUGCUGGCUUUCGGGUGGGGUGUGUGGUUGUGAUUAUGAUACACUGACCCAUACACACUGACACACAUCCACCGUUACAACAUCCCUGUAUAUGUUUCUGGGUGGGCCUGUCCAGCAUUCUGCCUGCACUAGAUACACUUCCUACCAGGCACCAACUCCCCUCCCCAAGGCAGCCCUGCAGUUUGCCUACGGCAGGGCUAAAAGAAUAAUAAAAAAAAUAAUAAUAAUCUUUAUGCCCAGAACAGCAUGCCUCAAGCAUCGGGCGUUAUGAAUUCCACAUCCCUGCACAACUUUCCGCUAUUCAUAGUAUCCUGCCAUCUAUGUAGAAAUAAGAAUUUUACAUUUAAAAAAAAAAACACGCAUAUGUAAUCAAUCACGAACUCUCACAUAACAUUGCAGGUUUAAGCCCCCACACAACUGAUUUUGUAGAACAUAGGUCAUUUGUUGGGAUGCACAAUGAUGCCAACAUACCAAGGAUCAUUUUAAAUAAUGUUUUUAAAAAAUUAUAUUUAAUACCGUUACAUACAGUUGUACAGCCAUAACCAUUUAAGACAAAAUGACUAUAGGGGUGAAACUAAUUAGGUGGUGAUGGCUACACGACUGUAAACCAUGGUUAUGCAAUAUAUUUUUUUAAAAUUUUUAAUUCUCUGGAUACUCUUUCUGCACCAUUGUGUACAUUGUCAGUGCUUGUUGAGUGGAGUUGAAUAGAAACCCUGAUUGUGUGGCAUGGUAAAAGCUAAAUGCUAAGAACCCUAAUGACUUGGAGCCCACAAAUGCUAAACAUUCCAUUUAUCUAUUAGCACAACACACUUUGAAUAAUCUUUCAAAACAUUUUAAACAUACUAAGAAUUGAAGAAUAGUGAGAAAAUGGCUGUUUAAACAUCAUUUGCUCUUUUAUUGAUGAUCUUCUCUCUUUAGAAUUUAAUUGCACAAGGUUGCUUCGUAUGCUGCAAUGAUUGUAAUAGUAUCUCCUCUGUAUGUGUAGUGCUAUCUGUUUGUAAUAUAAAAGCAUGUCCAUUUGUAGAGAUUGCAUUCAUAGUAUACAGCAAAUGUCUGUAUUUAGUUUUCUCUUGCUUGCACUUUUUACGGGUUUAUUUUUUCAAUUUUAAUUCACCAGAGCACGUUAUUAUGCACUUUUUGGGUAUUGAGACCCGUUUUUUUUUUUUUUUUUCUACUUUCCCUUUGAUGUUUUCUGUAACUUGGAGAUUAAAUUUGGUAUGAUUGAAGCCUGUAUGACACGAAGCUUAUCUUAGCAAUAGCCGCAGAAUAGAACACCCACGAAGGUGUUACUAGGAGAUUUAGGGAACAAGCAGUAGCAUUAGACUAUGUUUGAAUGUGGUCUCCGUUCUCCUUAGUACACUGGGGUGUUAAUAGAAUGUUCACAGAUCGAAGCUACCCAAGUUAACUUAUAUAAAUGUCAUUGCAACAUUACAAACGAAGAGACAUUCUUUGGACAUAAAGCUCUGGUUUUCUGCAGCUACAUCAUUUUUUUUUAGCGCCAGUAGGUCAUCCUGCUAACAGCAACUUUCGUCUUUAGAGGGAAACCAGACAAUGACAAUUUAGUGAAUAAUCCCGUGUCAAAAUAGUAAAGUCUACAUUGCACCAGGAUUAUUUUGAGUACCCUUUUGGAACGAUCCUACUCAGAAACAAGUUAUUUUGUAACCCUCCUGAAUUAUUUGGGAUAUACAUUUCAUAAGUAUCUUUGUUGUUACAAUUGCUCCUAUUGUAUCUUUUAUAGAUAGGUCAAUAAAGUUUUAUUUCUCAAUGGAUACGUAGGAUAGAUUUACAGUCAACUAUAUGGAUACUUUCCCCUGAUUCAUACCUAUUAUCUCCAAGCAAGUUACCAAGAUAUAUCAUGGUGUAAACAUUUUAAGUGCCUACAAUACCUAAAUCAGCACUGAAUAUUCCCAUAUUCUGGGGAUUACUCUUCCUUAUUUGCUCCUCUUUUGCAAUUAAACUACAAGGGUUCAAGCCCAUUCGGUGGAGAUGGUACCACCAUCCUGACCGCACUUUCCCAGGUUCUGAUCCAAUUAUUUUUUUGACGGAAAAAGGGAAAUUAUCUCUUUCUUUAUUCUUUUACGGAGUCUCCCUACGUUUAAAGGGUAAUCAAGGUAAGGACACCUUACUCGCUGGGACUAGCUUUCUCUUAGCCACAUCUCCCUGGUGAGCGCCAAGAAAGUCAAACAAUGGUCUACUUUACAGUAUCUAUUGUGCAGAGUGUGCUUGCUGGCUGUUCAGUUCUGAGCUGCGUUUGUGAAGGCGGGCAGUUUGAAAAGCAAAUUGUAUAGGUUCCCAGUGUAAUGAGAUUGAAUACACCAAAGUGGUGAUUAACCAUAGUAAGCUAGUACUGUUUCUGUAAAUGUAUCCUGUUAAAUAAUAAUUCUAUCCACGUGCAUAUUAUAUUCCCAAUGAAUUACAUAAAUCAGAUCUCUGCUGUAUAAAAUGUAUUGGCUUUUCCAGUUUACUGAUUAUCUGAUCAUCUCCUUUCUUUCAGGAUAAAAAUGAGUCCUACGAGGCAGUAUGUAAUAUCCCUAUUAUCACAUCUCCUAAAGAAGAAGAGAAGCUGAUUGAAUCAUCUGCCAAGGUGUUUUUUUUUUUGUUUGUUUUUUUUAAAUUACAUUUAUUUACUUGGCUUCCAGUGCAUUUCUGUAAUCGAGAAUUACACAGGGUCCUUGUUAGGGGAAUUCCAUAAAGGAAAAGCCAGUAUUGCUGCCGUCAUGAUUUUCCCAUAAUACAGUGUGCUUUUCGAAUGUACUCUGUUCACUAAAUCAAGAACUGCUUCCAGAAUUGAAGUCAAUUCAUACUGACUUGACAUGACUGUCUGCAGAAGAAGAGCUUUUUAGCCACCUAACUUGAACUUGCUAGCUUGUGACUGUCUAUUGGUACAUAGCGAAUAAACAUCAUUGUUCCAGGUGACGUAAAACAAGCUAGGCGUCUAAUUUUUCUUGGUGAUGUCACGGCUAUUUUUGUUAUUUAUACCAUCCAUCUUAUUUUACUUGUUUUUUUUACAGCUUAAUAUGUAUUAUAUAAUUACUGUACAUUUACUUUUAUUUCCUCCAUUAUUGUGGUGUAUUAAACACUUGCAUAGUCUCAACUGAACUAACUAAGAUAACUUUUCUAUGUUUAUCCAACAGCCUGUAGUUAAGCUGCUAUACAACAGAAGUAACAACAAAUACUCCUAUACCAGGUGGGUUAUCCAACAGCCAUUUCUUGGAAAUUCUUGGAAUAUGUUGCUAAGGAAAUAUUAUACCCUGUGUUUCUUUAUUAACAGUCUGUACCAGGGGGUAUGCAACAUUUGGCACUCAAGAGACUACAUCUCCCAUAAUGCUCUUACAGCCAUAAUACUGGCAAAACAUUAAGGAAGAUAUAGUUUACAACAUCUGGAGUGCUAAAGGUUGCCUACCCUUUGUCAAUACCAUCUUAACAGUGGCCCUGAAUCCAGUGCUGGUUUUUGAUUGAUAAGGUUAACUGAGCUUAGCAUGGUAUUGUGUCAAUUCAAACCAAAAUUUAAGGUCCUUCUCAGCCAGAAAAACUUCCAAGGUCAGAAAUUAGAAUUAACUUAAAACUGGUCUUUACUAGUGGUGUUGUAGUUCAAGACAGAGUCUAGAUUCCCCAUCUCCUAUAUUAUGUAGUGCAACUAUUGCCAGUGGUGCUGUGGCUCCUCCCUAUUAAGUGGAAACGGUGGGCUAACGUGAAGGCUGACCAUAUUAGCUUCUGAUCUCCUGCAGUCCUUUAUGUUGCUCCCAUGUGAACGCAGAUCGCUCCUUUACAAGGGUUGUCAUGCUGUUUUUACUUUCCACAGUAUAUGGGAUAAACUUAACAAUGGGGCUAUCACCUAAGUGUUCCCCUUUCUUAAAAACCAAGCCUUCCCACUUGUUCUUAUGGCAAUACAUUUCCACAGUCUGGAGGAGGCAGGUCUCCAGAGAAUUGGUGAUUUGAGGGUAGGAGACUUGCGUAUGUAAUUUGACUCAUUAAAAAAAAUAAAUGUCUCCUGGAGACUUUUCAGGUAACUCAUAGAUUUUGUCAAAACUUCUGAAAUAUGGGCUGCGGCAGCCACUCAUCUGAUGACCUUUGUAUGCUAAAGAGCUUCUACAGCGGGGACUCGUCACUUCAUUAUAUAUCCUAUUAAUGCUUUCCCUUUCCCGUAUAUAUAUUGAAAGAUGUAAUUUCAUAUGUGAUGGAUGUGCCCUAAGGUUGACACUUAUUGAGAAGAAAUAGAGGUUGGCUUCUCAUACUUUUUGGUAGACCUGUCAAACUAGACCACUGGAAGAGUUCACCAAAGCUCAACAAAAAUUGAUUAGAAUUUCUCCUGCUGCUCGGAAGACUUUAGCUUCUACCUGGGAAAAAGACACACCUUCCCUCUGUCAGCAGUUAUAAUAGGAAUUAAUGAUGAUAAACAUAUAAUAGUUCUGUAUCCUGUAAUUAACAUUGCAUCAUGGCCUGUGGUACCACAUGGGGAUCUCUCUCCUUUCUGUUUGGUUUGUUUGCUUAUUUUAUUUUUUCUUGGUUGUGUUCAUUUGAAUAGGACACAUCACCCUUAUUUGUUCUUAAAAAUGUAGAAAUCUGGUUCAUAACUGUGACUUUUGAUCAGUUAUGCAGUCCCAAUGAAUAUAUUUAGCGCCAUUUAUCUGAACCUUGCACUAAAUCUUAUGUAUUUUCUGCUUGCAUGGUCAUCACUAAAUAAAGAAUUUAUAGUCCAUAGCUUCAGGGUCCAAGAUUGUGAGAUUAACUGACAAAUUUAAGAUUUGCAAUUAAAUCAGUUUGAAGGUUAUCAGUUGCCAUAGUGAUAUUAGAUGACAUGUCAGUUUUUCAAAGCAGCCAUUUAGAUUGUAAUGUGCAAGGACCUUUGUUGUAUAAUCAAUGUCACUGUAACAUUGCAUCCAAAUGUUAUCUGCUCUGGGGAGGUGUUGGUGGUGUUUGUUCUGUUUAUGUGCUGAACGAUUUAUUUAUUUUUAAGCUAAAUGUGUUUGUUUUCAGUGAUUUAGCAAGUGUUUUUUGCUGUUUAAUUGGAUAAAGUAAGAUUAUUUUGUUUCCUUCAGUGUUUCAAUAAAUCACAUUUUUGUUUCCUUCAUUGUUUCAAUAAAUCACCUUUUGGAGUAAUUGUGAUUGACUGCUAAAUGUAAAGUAUAGGGACUUUUUGAACAAAUAAUGGCAAAAUUGAAGAAGCAACAAAAAAAAGCAUUGGAAAUGUGUGAUUGUCAUUGGCAGACUUUAACAUUAUCAAACAAUAAAAGUCCCAUUCUUUAAGGAAACUCUUCCAAAAUGAAACGUCACACAUUUUAUGUCUACUGGGAGAUACAGAGCUAAUAGUGGCCAAUGAGCAGGAUAUCCCCUGCUGAUAUUUGACAACAGGACUUCAAUCAUGCCAAAUUUCAGCAGUUGGCAGUUAGGGUAGAAUUAUUUCUUAUGUGCUAGAUUUUCCAACUUGUCACCAACGAGGUAAUUGGUGUAACUUUGUAGCCAGGAGAAGGGUGUGUUUUUUACUGCAUAUAAAAAUAGCACCGUAUAAGUCUGCUUUAGACUCUCUUUCUAGAUUAUAAUUUACUGUAAUGUUCUUAAGAACAUCUGGCACAUACAAAGUAUGAGAACUAUCCUAUUGGGAACCUUCCGGCAACGUUUCAGCACCAAUAAGGGCUUUUAUCAAUUCUCAGGCUUGAUAAAAAGCCCCUAUUGGGGCUGAAACAUUGCAGGAGGGUUCCUUAAACAAAUUACUGUUCUGAGAAUUUGGUGAAUGCCUUCUCUUGUAUUUUUAUUUUUUUCUUUUAACUGUAAGAAAAUUUAUUUUCUCUGUAAAUAUACCCGUGUAAUGAUCUACAUUAAACACUUCUACACACCUGCAGGACUGAGAUAUUUUACUGUAGGAAGACUCUGCCAUGUCCUGUACACAUCUUUGAUAUUGCUUUUCCCCACCUGAAAACAAAGCUACUCUACAGACACCAGUGCACAUUGGUGCUGCAGUAUUGUGUAGUAAAUAAAGACCUAGUGCGCAUAAUUACUAAAAAAUAUAAAUGGGAAGGAAGCUUGUGUUACAACUGCUGUCAUUGGAAUAAAAAUAUUAUUCAGAUAUUUCAAAUCCAGUUUUAGUAUUUUAUACUUAUUUUUUUCUUUUCUAACACUGCAGCAACUCCGAUGACAACCUUCUGAAAAACAUUGAGCUGUUUGAUAAGCUUUCACUCCGCUUUAACGGACGAGUCCUAUUUAUUAAAGAUGUGAUUGGCGAUGAGAUCUGCUGCUGGUCAUUCUAUGGUCAGGGGAGAAAGCUAGCUGAAGUAUGCUGCACCUCCAUUGUUUAUGCAACAGAAAAAAAGCAGACCAAGGUAUUUACACGUGUGUGUGUGUGUGUGUGUAUAUAAAUAAGAGUGUAGCUUUGAAUAUAUAAAUAUUGAAAUGCUCUCAUAUUUAGCAAGACUUAAAACAUGAUGUAGACUUAAAUACAUAUAACAAAACAAUAUAUCUAGUUCUCUUAAUUUAGAAUGUUUUCCCUGACUUUGUCUGGUCUGAACUGGAUUAUGAAGUGGAAAAAAAAAAAAGAAAAUUAAAACACCUAUAAACAGAUUAGUGAUGCUGUCCUACAUAAAGUGGGCUUUAGGACAGCAUAGAACGACCUGCAUAUUUGGUGUGUGGUCUCUGCUCACACCAGGGAACUCCCAGGUAUCAAUGAAUGACUUUUAGAUGAGCUGUUUGCAAGUAAUGUUGAGUGAGGUAUAUGAAGUGGAAAAAUCAAUUAAAGUAUUGAUUAUUUCUUUGUGUAUCUGCCCCUGGCCAAAUCAAUGAAACAAUGCGUGCACGCUCCCUGAAGUAAUUCACACCAGACACAGGUUCUAGGUUGUUGAAUAACUUGAGGCAAGUUUAUUCAGAGGGGACGGCAAGUCCCUUUUAAAGCAAAAUUACAUCAUAAGCAUUGUCAGAGAUAACAUGGACUAAUACAUCAAUAAUUGGUUAGGUGUUAAGUGGUUGCUUCAAUGCUCUGCCUACUGUAGGUGAUGUCACCGGGGCCAUGAGAAUCUCCCACGGUUUCCCGGCGCCAUCUUGGUGCACGAGGUAGUUAGUUAAUGUUAGGAGGGAGAACGGAAGGGGGAGGGGGAAGGAGCUAGAAGCUUCCAGCAGCCAUCUUGAUUAUAACGUGUGUGCUUAGCUAUAUAUAUAUAUAUAUAUAUAUAUCGUGAAAUGAGUAAAUAGACAUUUUUCACUAACUAGGAAAUAUGUGUAGACCUUAUUUCCACAACAGUCCCCCCUAAAAUGGCUAUUUACCAUAACAACUGCUACUGUCCCUAAUAUGUCCCUAGCUGCCUGCAGCUCAUCUGUCUUAACAAGCAUCGAACACUUCACUCCGUGGGUAACCUGCGGUGGCUAGUCCACCACAUCUCCACACGUGAGACUCGCCUGCCAAGACAGACGCUUUCCCUAUACUGUCCCUACAGGAAAGCAGUUGUUUGUUUGAACUGAUGUGAUUGAAGGGGUGUAUGUGGAGUAUCAUCUUUGAGGUCUGUGAUGUCUUGGUGUAUGAAAGUAGGGGUCACGCCAUCUAUAGUCUUGUCUACCGCUUUCUGUAAGUAGUUCUGUAUGCAGGGGAAUAUGCAACAGGUCAAAAAUAAGAAAAUGACGAUCAUUAUGAGAACAGCUGUCCCCACCUGGAAGAGGGUCCUUUGCCAACCAUUCAUCCAUCCAAACCAUCUGUCCCAAGUGUCAGUGACUCCUGAAUUUUUCUUUAGCUCGUCUGCAAGACUAUCUAGCUUUUCUAUGGCCAUAGUCACCUUACCAUUGGGUCCAGUGUUGUCUGGAAUGUAUGUGCAGCAUGUCAUGGUCUCAGGGAGGAUUUUACAUACACCCCCUUUCUCAGCUAAUAUCAUAUCUAGGGCCAUUCUGUUCUGAAAUGUCAUUUGGGUAGUGGCUUGCAGUUGCUCUGCCAGGCCCUGUAGGGCAUCCCUAGUGUAGUUGACAAAGCGCUGUUGAUUAUAGUAAAUGUAGUUAAUCCAAUUGACAUUUUUGUUAGCAGUUAUCAUUGGAAUUAGGGAUUCAAAUCCUGCAGCCACUUCAUCUCUUGCCUUGAAUUCGUUAGGCACCCCCCUUGGCACACCUAUGGCAUCAAUAUACACAUGGGGGUCGAAGCUCCCUCGGAUAGGAGUCUCUCGUUUAGUUCUAGAGUGUACAUGUGUGAGGUUUAACGUGUUAUGGUCACUAUCUGGAAUGAUAUGGAUAGGCAUUAUGACUUUAGUUAGGGCACACUCCCCCCACCAUUGCCCAGUUAAUUGGGACCUCAAUUGUUUAUCACCACAUAACCAGUAGAUAUCACCGAUUGUCUUUGUGAUCCAUUAGCAGUGAUAUGGGUGGAUUAUGGUAAGUUGAGCAGUAUCCUGAUGGGAAUUUGCCCAGAUACAAACCGGUGUUCUUAGAUAUUGUGUAACAUGUGUAAUUACCUGGGUAGAUGGUGACUCCAUCAGGUGGUUUUACAUGUCCAUGAGUGAUCGGGUAAAUUCUCUUCCAUGAUUCACAUGUUGAGGAGUUGGUGAUGGACUGUGUGUAAAGACUCAGAACACAUGAUUCUACUUCAGGAGGUAAGUUCCUCCACACACGUAACAAUUAGUUCUAUUGUGUGAGUUGGCAUUGUACCUCAUCCAUUCUAGCCACAAAUUAGUGUCUGAAAAACCAGUCUCCACUGCCAUAGUGUCUUCGAAGGUGCGGUUGGCUAUAGCUACCAUGUCAUGUAGGGUCUUAAUAUGUGGUUUUAAUGGGUUAACGAUCAUGUGAGUGGUCCCUACCCAGUCUGGGGAAGUGAGCAUGUCUUGUAGGUAAAACGUCCCCAAUGCAUUAUGUGAGCCACCUCCCUUCCAGUACAUCCCCAUCACAUAUUCCCCCGCGUCCCUUGGACUAGGGUGCUCUAUAUUUAGGGUAGGUUUAAUGGGAGUUGACCCUGUGGGUUUACUCAGAGUCAUUCUAGAAAGUAGGGGCUUCCCGUCUUUGUCAAGUCUGUCUACCUGUAUUCCACCCGGCAGCUUUCCAUGAACUACAAUGGUGUCCCCAGGCUCCUCCAGUCACACAAAUGUAUGGGUCCUUUUUGUUAGGUAUGUCUUUGUAUAUGGCUGCAUGUUGUGUCUGCGGGAAUGUACAAGUAACUAUGUCACAGUAAUCAAAGGUGUAUGUGGCCACAUCAGUAUUAGAAGAGUUGUACCAGAAAGUGUAAACGUGAUUAUCUUUGGUUAUGGCCACUUGCUGGGCCCAGGCAAAGUGCAACAACACAAGAAAACACAAGACACAUAAUAAAUUCAUGUUUCAACAGGAUCAGCUUCUUCUGGAGUAGGCACUUUUUUGCAAUGUGAAGCGUGUAUCCAGGAACUUUUCCCAGCUAGUUUAACUGACGUUGCUGUAAUCAGGAGCACUUGAUAAGGACCAUCAAAUCUUGGUUCUAGGGUGUGUUUUCUGAGGAACUUCUUAACCAUAACCCAAUCACCCGGAAGCAGCUUGUGUGUACCUGUAUUCGACUCAGGAUCUGGAAUAGAAGAAAACACUUGGGCAUGUAUCUUGGUCAAGGCAUGUGAGAGGGCAGUCACAUAGUCUACCAUAGCGUCUGACUGAAUCUGAAGCUGUUGGGGAAAAUAGCAACCUAACCUGGGUGCUGUACCAAACAAAAUCUCAUAAGGUGACAAACUGUAUUUUCCUCUGGGAGUGUACCUUACACUGAAUAACGCUAGUGGGAGACUCUCGGGCCAGGGCAUGUUAGUUUCUUGUGACAUUUUAAGCAUUCUGGCUUUCAGAGUGCCAUUCAUGCGCUCUACCUUACCACUACUCUGUGGGUGAUAUGGUGUGUGGAAUGCAAGGGUCACCCCCAGUGCUGACCAGACUUCCCGUGUUAGCGAGGCAGUGAAGGAGGUCCCUUGGUCACUUUCAAUUACUUCUGGAACCCCGUAGCGGCAAACAAUUUCUGUCAAAAGGUACUUGGCUGUAGUCCUCGCGGUGAGAUUAGUCACUGGGAAGGCCUCUGGCCAUCCUGAAAACAUGUCCACUAUAACCAAUGCAUAUUCAUAACGUCCGCUCUUUGGCAUCUGAAUGUGGUCAAUCUGAAUCCUCUGGAAGGGGUAUUGUGGCUUGGCUAGAUGAUUAGGUGCAGUCUUUAUGACCUUUCCAGGAUUGCAUUUAGCACAUAUAGUACAAGAUUUGCAGUAAUUCUGUGUUAAGGUAGUGAUGCCUGGUGCUUCAAAAUACUUGUCAAUCAGUGAGUUCAUCAGGAGCUUUGACACGUGGACUGGCCCAUGGGCCCAUUGGACCACCGCUGGGUACAUACUUCUAGGUAGGCAGAACUUGAGAUUAAUGGUGUAAACUUCAUCACGGAGUAUUGCUCCUUUGUUCUUCCAACUUUGUUUCUCCUGAGGAGUGGCAGCAGCUUGUUGUUCCUUCAGCAGCCUGAGAUCUGUAGGCAAUGUUUGCAUAGUGUAAAUGGGUAAUAUAUCUGUGGCCACUCUUCUGUCCACUUCCCAUCCUUGUCGUGCUGCCUCUUUGGCUGCCUGAUCAGCUAAGCUGUUGCCACGUGCUUCUUCUGUGUCUAAUCUUCCAUGAGCUUUUACUUUCAAUACUGCCACUUCUGCUGGGAGUUCCAAUGCGUCCAUCAGCUCUGCAAUGGCUGCCCCAUGUUUUUCUGGGGUACCGGUGGCUGUAAGAAAUCCUCUGGUCUUCCAAAUUAAGCCAAAAUCGUGUGCCACUCCCAGGGCAUAUCUUGAGUCCGUAUAAAUGUUGACACGUAGACCUUCGGACAGUUUGCAGGCCACAGUCAAGGCUGUUAACUCGGCCUCUUGUGCAGACUUAGUUGGUUGUAGGGCAGCUGCUUGUAAUAUUUGACAUCCUGUGGUGACUGCAUAUCCAGUGUGGUAUUGUCCUUGUUCAUCAGCAAACCUUGAGCCAUCCACAAAUAGUGUUUGAUCCGGGUUGAGUAAUGCAGCUUCAUAAACAGUUGGUAGGUGUGUAGUUUCCAUUUUCAUUUGUUCAAAACAGUCAUGAGGGAUAUCAAUGAGGUUGCAGUCUAUGGUGGGUGGGUCCUCACAGGCCUCUGUGUGGUACCUGGAGUAUCCUGUUGUGCAGUAGUUAAUGGUCUUUUUAUUUAUCCCCGUAGAAGUCAGUUGUUCUUGAGACAUUUGGUUCCAGGUUUUGGCCAUCGGGCCUAGGUUCUCCCAUGAGGUGUCGUGGGAUCUGGUGAGGGAUAUGUGUGGGAUAGCUGUUUCCCAAUGGUGGUAGAGGUGUGCUACAUUAUCUGGAAGGUGAACCAAAAUGAGCAUGGUACCUGUGGAGUCCCAAAAUAAGUCAGUCAGGGUAAUCUGAAUUUCUUUGAGCUGAAAUAGUUCUUCCUCAUAGUCCACGAAUUUCUUUGAGCUGAAAUAGUUCUUCCUCAUAGUCCACAUCAGGGCUUGGUACGUCCCUAAACCACAAGACACAGUGGAGUAGGGCUUCUGAUUGUUCAUCAUGGGGGGUGUGAAUACAGGCAACUGUAAAUCUGCUCGAACCUCUGGGUUGAUAUCCAGGCUGUACCAGUGAUGCACAAUUCCCCCCUUGGGAAGUGGCAGAAGAGUGGCUGGGUUCAGGGAAAGGCAUCUCUGGAGUUUCACAUUAUCAGGGAGGAGUAAGGAGGUCUGUAGGCGAAGGUGACGUUGGGAAGAAAGGUGUUUAGGUCGAACUUGCUGCAGGAUUGCAGUAAUGUCGUGAGGGGCCAACACUGUAAGGUGAUGGCCAAGAACAAAGUCAUUGGUCUUGUCCAGGAGAGCGCUGGCGGCAAACACCGCUCGGAGGCAAGAGGGGCUACCCCUUGCAACAGGAUCAAGCAUGCAGGAAAAAUAGCCAAUAGGGCGUUGUCUUGAUCCAUGUUUCUGGGUGAGGACUCCGGAAGCAUGACCUGAUUUUUCGGAGACAAACAGGUUGAAGGGAAGUUGGUAGUUGGGUAGGCCCAAAGCAGGUGCAGAAGCAAUAGCUCUUUUCAGAGUGUGGAAACAGAUAAUAGUGUCUUCUGUGAGAUGAAAGGGCUCACUCCUGAGGGCAUCAUAGAGUGGCUGCAUGAGCUUUGAUGCUUCAGGUAUCCAGGACCUGCAGUACGUGAUAAGACCCAGAAAAGCAUGGAGAGCCUGGAGAUUUGCAGGUAAUGGAAGAUUCAGAAUGGCUUGUACACGUUGAGAGGUUAAAUGUUUGGUGCCAUGGGAAAGGCAGUGUCCCAAGAAGACCACAGAGGGCCGGCACCAUUGUAACUUGGAUUUUGAGGCUUUGCAACCAGCUGCAGCAAGGAAACAUAGGAGAUCUUCUGAAUCACGCUCAGCAAUGAGCAAAUCAGGAGCACAGAGAAGGAGAUCAUCAACAUAUUGAAGCAGGACGACAUCCAAAUGAGACUUCUGCCAGGGAUCCAGCACCAGGGACAUGGCGUGAGCAAACUGUGUGGGGGAAUUCUGAGCCCCCUGAGGCAUAACAGUCCAGGUGUAUUGCUGUCCUUCAUGGGUAAAGGCAAAGAGAAAACGACAGGAAGGGUUAAGGGGGACACUGAAGAAGGCAUUAGCUAGAUCCACCAUGGUGAAUAUUGUUGAAGUAGGUGGGACUUGGGAUAAGAGGGUGUGGGGGUUAGGAACAAUUGCGGAGUCUUUUAUGGUUACAUCAUUCACAGCACGGAGAUCCUGCACCAUGCGGUACUGGUCAGGCUGACCUUUAACAGUUCUCUUUUUGACAGGAAAAAGUGGAGUAUUGCAUGGAGAUGUACACUUGAUGAGGGCACCUUUGGCAAGGAGACUUUCAACUUGUCUGGUAAUGGCUUCAGCUUGUGCAGGCUUCAGGGGGUACUGUGGCCUGCGAGGAGGCAGUACCCCAGGCAGGAGCUGGACUAAGACUGGGGGCACAUGUAAUCGCCCAAUAUCAUCCGGGCCAGUGGACCAAAGUUCUUGAGGGAUACGAUCCAGAGCACUGGGGGCCUGUGGGACCCGUGUAUCCCCUGUAUUGUCAGUUAGGUUUAACAAAAUAGGGAGUGAACAGAGGACAGAGGUAUCCUUUUGUGAUAAGGGGGUUGUCAAUUCAAUCUGCCCAUCUGCAGUGAAGGUAAUGGAGGCCUGGAGCCGAGAGAGAACAUCGGCACCUAGGAGGUUAAUGGGGCAGGUAGAGGAAACAACAAAUCGGGAGAGGAUGUGUGAACCUACGUGUAGGAGCUUAGUAAGGGGGUUGCUGCGUGGUGUACCAUCCACCCCAACACAGGAAACAUCAGUGUCAGAUAAGAAAGAUGGGUCUGGCAGGUCUUGUUCCCUAAGGACACUACGGGCUGCACCUGUGUCAACUAGGAAAGUGGUGGGGUGGCCCUCCACAGGGAGAACUACAGUAGCUAAAGGGCCUCCCCCAUCCCCCGCAGACACUGCCAUGGCAGGGGUUGCUGACACAGGCUUGCCGGUUACCUAUUGCAAUAAAUCCAAAUGGGCCUGGUCUGGUCCCUGGUACCGGCGGGAAGUGGAAGGAGGGUUAGCAGAAUGCAUGGGGGGACGGGAUGGGCGGAGGGUAUGACGGGGUUGGCCGUCUAGGAAAUCAUCAUUGUCAUACCCUUCAGCGGAGGGUGAAGUAUAUGCACGAGCUUCUGAUGCAGGGAGCCGGGCUUGAGUGUAUUCAGGAGGAGGAGGAGGAGGAGGAGGUGGUGGUGGGGGAAGCUGAGGCAAUUGCGGAUGGGGAAGGGCGGGGAGGUAACCAGGGGAAGGGAAGUUGUAGCCAGUGACAUGGGGACUUUGGUACCGGGGAGUUUGCUGGCGGAACACUCUAGGCUGUGGGCAAUCUCUUCUAAAGUGGCCUGGCUGAUUACAAUUAAAACAGGUCCGGAUUGUCGUGAUAGUCCGGUCCCGGGGGAAAGGGAUUGGUGCAGGCAGUGUCUGGGGUGAUUGAGUGUACUGUUGGGGGAACAUCUGAGGAACUUGGUUAGAACCAGCAAGUGGUGUGGAGGUGGUGUACAUCAGCGGACUAGCCCUACGCUGUGUGGGUUGUAAAACAGAUUCUAAGCCCUUGGCUACCAACAAAAGGGUGUCUAGUGGAAUAAUUCUAUACUCAGGGCGAGCUAAAAUCAACCCCUUACGAAUGUGUUCUCUCAGUCCUGCCACAAAAGCUGCAGAUAGCAUCUGGGUGUGUGCCUUAUUGUAAGUGCUGAACCCUAAGUCCGAGAAAGUCUGAGUCAACCUAGAGUGGUACUUUUCAACAGUCUCAAGUUUGUCCUGUAUUAUGUCAUUAAUGCAAGUAGCCUGGUCAGCCAGUUUAUCCUGCGCCCAGGCGCGAAGUUGUUCGCAGAAAAUUUCACCAGAACGAAAAUCAGUAUCAGAAGUAAGUGGAGCGUCACUAAAGCUCCGUUCCAUGAUUGGCCAGUAUGCAUCUCCAGCCUUAAUUUCACAUAAACUAAUAAGAUCCCGCCAAGCAGCGGAAUAUGUCUUACGGAUCUGAGCCAUCCUGCGGAAAAAGGGCAUGGGGUGUUUCUCAGGAUCAGGGAGUGAGGUCACAAGGGUAGCGGCUUGGGAAGGGUUAAAAGUAACAUACAUAGGUGGUGCACCAUCCGCACCAUGACUAAUCUGAGUAUACCCCUGGGGAAUGGAGUGCCGUUGGGGAAGCCUUCUUCCCCCCAGGUGGGGUGAGCUCUGGUCCACCACAACGACCUCCUCGGGCACCACCGGACCAUGGUGAAGAGUAGCCUCAGGGGUAGUUGUAGCGGGGGCAACUGGGAGGGCGGUAAUAGGAGAGGUAGCAGGGUGGAAGCCCGAGGCUUGGGGGGAGGCACCCAUCGCAUAGGGCUGGUCCGAAGUCGCAGACACCUCGGACCCAACCACCAUGAUUGGGUAACUAGUGCUGGCGGAAGGGACACGGGGAACUAAAGCCGUGGAAGGGGCCAUCAUGGGGGCCGGCGGGGCUGGGCGUGAGAGGUGGGUGUUUAGGACAUGAGCAAGAGCAGAGAUUGGAUCGGAAGGCUCGGGGAGGUUAGCGGGAGACAAGGGAGGGGUCGAAGGUUCCGGGGGAGGAGGAGGAGGAGGAGGAGGAGGAAGUAUAUCAGUGGGAGGCAGUGCAGGGAUCGCGGAGUUAACCAGGGAAGUGACAGCAGUGAAAAGGGCGGAUAUCGAGGUAGACAGGUCAUUAGGCAUGGAUGCGUCAAGGGUUUCCGGGGAAGGGGUUGGAGGGAUUGGAACAAGGGGCUGUGGCAGAGCAACGUGGGCGGAGGCAAGGGACGGCAAACCAAUCAGUGGAGGAGUAGACAACGAGGUAGAGGGGGCCGGGACUUCGGGAGGAGGAGGUAACACUGGAGAAGGGGUUGGAGAGGUGGUAACAGGGGGUUGGGUCAGGGCGGUGAGGGCAGAGAUUAGGGACGGCAAAUCGGCCGUGGGAGGGAGGGGUAACGAGGUAGAGGGGGCUGGGACUUCGGGAGGAGGAGGUAACACUGGAGAAGGGGUUGGAGAGGUGGUAACAGGGGGUUGGGUCAGGGCGGUGAGGGCAGAGACUAGGGACGGCAAAUCGGCCGUGGGAGGGAGGGGUCCUGGGUCAGCGGGGAGACAGAGAUCCGGAGGAAUAGGGCCGGUGGAAAGGGUAUGGGUCAGGGGAGUUGGAUGUGUAAUAGACGGAGAGGGUGAGGGAACGGGAGUUACUAGGGAAGGAGUACUCGGGGUUGAGAGGGAAGCGGAGGAGGAGGGUGGGACUUCAAUGGGUAAGGUGGAGAAGUAGCAAAGGACAUGAAGGCGGAGGGGCUUCGGCAGGCAUGAUGGAAGGAUGGCUGAUGGAAGGGGUUGGGUCAUAGGAGGGUUGAGGCAUGGGAGUAGGUGGGAAUGAUUGAAGUGGGACUGGAUAAUAGUAAGCACCAUCCGCACCAAGUACGGGGCACAGGGGAGUGGGAGCUGAAGGCACACCCCCGGAGGGUGGGGUUUGUGCUGUGACGGGAGAAGCAGGGCGGGAAUUAAGUGUUGCGCUCCGGGCGCCAUCAUAGGGCGGUGGUCGUGGAACAAUAGAAACAACAUCAUCAUUGUAAGGAGAACAAGAUGAAGUGUAUCUAAUUAAUGAUGCAAAAUAUAGGCAUCAACGAAAUUCAAAAUAGCCAACAAAUAGCCUACUAUGAAGGCCAGAUAAGGCCACUAAAAACAAAAAUAAUAAAGGUUUAUUAAAUGAAACAAAUAUGUAACCCAAAUAUGUGCUACCAUAAACACACCAAAAAUUCAAAAUCUAAAAUAAUUGCUAGACAGAUCUAUCAAAGAAAAUGUAGAUCGUCUAGAACAAAUAAAAUAGUAUAUAAUAGCAGAUCAGAAUAUGAAAACAAUAACUGUCAGUUGUGGCUGGUAAUAUACCAGACUAAAGAGGCAGAAUGCCAAUCCAAUGGAUCGGUAAGUAUAUUAGGAGGAUGGUAAAAUUGAAACCACACUUUUUAGAAAAGAUACAGCAACCAAUAGCUUAUUAAACUGGACUAGUUUCCAUCCAAUUAAAUUAAAAUCUGGGAUACCAUAUGGCCAAUAUUUACGCGCAAGACGAAACUGCUCUAACGAAUUAACCUUUCAAUUAGAAGCAAAGAAAUUGAGACUAAUGUUCAAACAGAAGGGGUAUCCCAAUAGGGUUCUCAAACGAGCCUAUCAACGAGCCUUGUCUAUUAAUCGGAGUGACAGCUUAAGAAAUAUUAGAUCCAGGACUGAAACAAAAACAACUCGGUGCAUUGGCACAUAUGAUCCCCAUUGGGAUAAGAUACGAGAAAUUAUUUCUCGCAACUGGCCCAUUCUGCAAUAUGACAUGGAUCUAAGUGAUAGCAUUGAGAAAUUCCCUCAGAUGACUGCUCGUAGAGCAAGAAAUUUGAAAGACAUUCUCGUUCACAGCCAUACUGAACCCGCAAAGUCAUUACAAUCUACUUGGCUAAAACAAACCACUGGAGUAUUUCGUUGUGGGCACUGCAAAGCUUGUCAGUUUAUUAAACCAACUAAAACUGUCAAAAGCUCUAAGACCAAAAAUGAAUAUAUGGUCAAAGAAUUUAUUAACUGCAGUUCAACACGAGUAAUAUAUCUAAUUACCUGUUGUUGUGGUAUACAAUACGUAGGUAAGACCUACCAGCAAUUCAAACGGAGGAUACUUCAGCAUGUAUGCUCCAUUACCAAUUUGAACAUUUCGACUCCAAUAGCCAAUCAUGUUCGUAAUUACCAUGAGGCAGAUCCCACGAAACUAACCUUUCAGGCUUUGGAAAAAAUUACUCUGAAUACGAGGAAGGGUAAUUUCAAUAAAAUAUUACUCAUGAAGGAGUCCAGAUGGAUAUAUAUCCUAAAGACAUUGUCACCAGAUGGUCUCAAUGAGGAAUUCAACUUUACUCCCUUCAUACAUUAAGAACUUAAUAUCAAUUGGAACAUCUUGCCUAUACAUCAAGAUAAUUUCCAUAGCCAUUAUGAGUGACCUAUGUAUAAUGGGGUUUUUUAAAAUGGGUUCCUGGUGACAGUUAUGUGAACUAAUUAUCCAUUACGUUCUAUCUAGAUAUACAAUUUCCAAUCAUCACUUAUUCCUUGUCCAUUAUAUAGGCGAUUCAUUUAUCUAGCCAAGUUUCUAUCUGAAGAUCUAUUGUAGAACCUCCUGAACAUGUUCUCUCUUUCUUUCUUUGGUAUAUAUAUAAUUAAUGGGAGCCACCAUAUUUCAUAUUUAAUUGAUCAUCUCCUAUUAUGCACUAUACCUUAUGGCAUCAGACAAUAGAAUUAUACUUACAUCAUUUGACCAUUACUUGGUAUGAUGUUUAAUUUUAUUUAUUUUUAUAAUAAUUUGUUAGUACAAUAUAUUUGAUUGUCUUCAGAUUUAAUUUAUGGGCGUUCGAUUUCUAUCCUGAUGUGCUUUGAUCCUUUAGAAUUAUUCUAAAUAUUUCCUAAGGUCACAUAGGAUCUACAAACGUAUGUUUACCUUGAAUAUACUUUAUGUAGUGAUCUAGCAGGCAUUUGUCUUGCCUAGUUUUUUCACACUCUAACCCGACCCUCAAUGGGUUAAUUAUUAUAGUAGCUAAGACUAUUUCACCUCCGAUUAUGUUCUCCGUUACGUCAUCUUCUCCAUCCAAUCAGGAACUGUCCGUCCGGACCAAUCAGGUGAAUUCUUUGCAUUUUUAAACCCGGUGCUAACACACCUCUCGUUUCCUCUCUGACGAGCUAGGUGUAGCGAAACGCGCGCAUCAGAGGAUUGUGGUGUGCUGCACGUGUUGGACCUUUAGUGCAGCACACAGACUGGCGACCGCGCUGUUUAUUCCAUACAUUUUUACUAUACUUAAUUUUUGCAGAUCUUACCUCCUUGACCUAUUUAUUUAUCGGAUCUCUGGGGGGUUGGAGCUAGGUGCCCUCGAAGGCACGGGUCACAUAUUUAUAGAGGGUAUCAUUUAGAUAUUUUUCUCUCUCACAUUGCUAACAGCUUUCCAUACACACUGUGUGCUAUCAAACAGAUAUGUUGUAACCUUUUCUAUUGUUACCCUAUUUAUAUGUGUAUCUCUCCCUUAUCCUGUUCCUCCCAGCUAUCUUUAGGAUUGCUUUACUGUCGGUUCAGUGUACACACGCUGUGGUUUAUCUACAUAUAUACUCCUUUUAAGCGAUAGACUUUAUAAUCGAUUUUCUUAUCAUCUGACAGAUGUUUUGGUUUAGUAUAUUAUUUAUUAUUAUGGACUACUAACCACCCUCCAUAUUGACUUAUAUUCUGGACUAAACAUAUAUGGUCCAUCAGUUUAUUAUGGAGCUUUAAAGGGCCAGUUUUAAUAUACUUACCGAUCCAUUGGAUUGGCAUUCUGCCUCUUUAGUCUGGUAUAUUACCAGCCACAACUGACAGUUAUUGUUUUCAUAUUCUGAUCUGCUAUUAUAUACUAUUUUAUUUGUUCUAGACGAUCUACAUUUUUGAAUUUUUGGUGUGUUUAUGGUAGCACAUAUUUGGGUUACAUAUUUGUUUCAUUUAAUAAACCUUUAUUAUUUUUGUUUUUAGUGGCCUUAUCUGGCCUUCAUAGUAGGCUAUUUGUUGGCUAUUUUGAAUUUCGUUGAUGCAUAUAUUUUGCAUCAUUAAUUAGAUACACUUCAUCUUGUUCUCCUUAUUCUUUAUCUGGGGUUACCCCCCACUUUCUCUGUGUAUCUAACUUGGCUCAAUCUAUUCGCUGUUUUCCAACAUCAUCAUUGUGAACACUUCUAUGAUAAACAUACACAAUUUGGCCCUCGAACUCCAGUUCUUCCUCGACCCAUCCUUCCCGUUUCAAACCUCUAGCUACCCGAUACCAAGCCUCUGCAACCUUCGUAAGUCCAUUAUCCAACAACAACCCUUCCUUGUCUAUGAGUAGCUUUCUCCAAAACUCAGGCUGCAAUCUCCCACUAGGCAACAUCUGGAAGCCACACACCUUAGCAAUCUUUUUAAGUUUCAACAUUGCAUCUUCCCCUGCCCUUUCUUUCACAAUGUCACAAGCUAGCAAGCCCUUAGCAGGUCUAGCGUGUUCCUGUCCCAUUUUUGAGUAACCAAAGCGUGCCACACGUGAAAGACAAAGAAGUAGAGAAAGUAUAAGGGGGAAAAAGAAUGUCUACAGUGCUCGACUGCACGAGAACUUGAGCCCCUUGCGUCUUCCCCAAACGUAGACCAGUCACGGAGAUCCGCCCACCCGGGGUGGUGGUCACGGACGGGAGCGAAUGAGCGUGGGUGACUAACACAGCUCUGGGCAACAGGCACAAGAAAGAUAAAGAACAAAGGAGAAAAUGAACGUGGCUGCGCUAAUGAGAAGACAUUUACAAAAAUCACAAACAUACAAAUGAGCGUAAACUCCGGAAUCCAGAACUAACCACACAAUACACACACACACACCGAGGGUACCCACACUGUAACAACAAUUAAACAGAAACCACAGAAUGAUAGAGAGCAAAAUAGCCAUGUACAUGUUAACACCACCGGUGUCAGAUAUUCAGGGUAUAACAAUCCCCAGCCUUCACCCACCAGGCUGGUCCCGGCAAAACACUGGUACCAAAGGAAAUACUGCAAUAAUCAAACAAAAAUCCCAGCCCCACCGGCUGCAAUGCGUUCCCUGCCCGCUAGGCAGUCAAGCUAACAUAAAAACCCAGCCCCACCGGCUGAAAUGCGUUCCCUGCCCGCUAGGCAGUCAAGCUAACAUAAAAACCCAGCCCCACCGGCUGAAAUGCGUUCCCUGCCCGCUAGGCAGUCAAGCAAACAUAUAAAAUGCGUUCCCUGCCCGCUAGGCAGUCAAGCAAACAUAUAAAAUGCGCCCGCUAGGCAGUCAAGCAAACAUAUAAAAUGCGUUCCCUGCCCGCUAGGCAGUCAAGCAAACAUAUAAAAUGCGUUCCCUGCCCGCUAGGCAGUCAAGCGUUCCCUGCCCGCUAGGCAGUCAAGCAAACAUAUAAAAUGCGUUCCCUGCCCGCUAGGCAGUCAAGCAAACAUAUAAAAUGCGUUCCCUGCCCGCUAGGCAGUCAAGCAAACAUAUUUUAAAGGUAUAAUAAACACACACACAUAAAUGAAUACAGGAGGCAGAUAGACAAUCGACAGGUUCACUUAAAAAGGGCGCACCGGAUGAGUUAAUUACCUGUCUCUAGUAGCCUUCUGGAAGCCGGAAGUGGACUCGGAGACAGACCGGCACAAAACAGGAGAAUAACACAGGCAACGGCUGUAUUAUGGAGGUGAUCAGGCUCCGCUUGUCCCACUUUCCGGAGGUCCGCUCCGGUCCGUUGGUUCCGGCCCUCCGAACCGGCUCUCCGGUGGGCCCCACGUUGGGCGCCAAUUGAAGUGGAAAAAUCAAUUAAAGUAUUGAUUAUUUCUUUGUGUAUCUGCCCCUGGCCAAAUCAAUGAAACAAUGCGUGCACGCUCCCUGAAGUAAUUCACACCAGACACAGGUUCUAGGUUGUUGAAUAACUUGAGGAAAGUUUAUUCAGAGGGGACGGCAAGUCCCUUUUAAAGCAAAAUUACAUCAUAAGCAUUGUCAGAGAUAACAUGGAAUAAUACAUCAAUAAUUGGUUAGGUGUUAAGUGGUUGCUUCAAUGCUCUGCCUACUGUAGGCGAUGUCACCGGGGCCAUGAGAGUCUCCCACGGUUUCCCGGCGCCAUCUUGGUGCACGAGGUAGUUAGUCGAUGUUAGGAGGGAGAAAGGAAGAGGGAGGGGGAAGGAGCUAGAAGCUUCCAGCAGCCAUCUUGAUUAUAACGUGUGUGCUUAGCUCUAUAUAUAUAUAUAUAUAUAUAUAUAUAUAUAUAUAUAUAUAUAUAUAUAUAUAUAUAUAUAUAUAUAUAUAUAUAUAUAUAUAUAUAUAUAUAUCGUGAAAUGAGUAAAUAGACAUUUUUCACUAACUAGGAAAUAUGUGUAGACCUUAUUUCCACAACAGUAUACAUAUAAGAUGUUAAGUGAAAACCUUUUCUGUCCUUUAAAAAAAAAAAAAAACAAGGGGCACUUGAAGAGAAACCUUUAAAUUAUCAUGGAACAAGGCUAUAGCUUAACUUAAGGUUUUGUUUUGUUCAGAACGUGCACAAUGGCCUUCGUCCUUAGCCCUCUAGAGACCAAAGCAAGUUUUGCUAUAUGUGUGAUCAACCAUAGUUUCCAUCAUUCUCCUUUACUGCACCAACACUUAUUGUAUACAGUUUGCUUUUUUUUUUUUUUUUUAAGGAAAAAAGGGACUUUAAUUUGAUGUGACAUAUGCAUGUGUGAAUUGCAAAAUAUAAAAAGUUAUGGAAAAAAAAAGGUACACAAAAUGACAAACCCCCCCCCCCCCGAGUUUUGGCAAUAAUAAUGUGUGCAUAAUUAGUGCAGUUUAAGUAGCAUAAUUGAAAAUAAAGUAAUUUAUUUGUCGUGAUUUACAGAGUAUGUAUAGGACAGUUUUUGGGGGGAUUACAGGUCACAAAAUAAAAGCAGUAAAAUUAAAUUUCAAUGUGGAGCGAUUUUUAGAUUUUGGUAUGUUUGUCUUGUAAGUUUAAUAGCCAUCACAGAAACAAAAUUGCCACACUAGGGUACAGGUGGUCCUCGUUUUGCGACCUCGUACUUACGACCAUCUCUCUUGCGAGGUGGUAAGUGCGAGCUGUCGUGGGAAUUAGAGGGAUUCCCUGAUCUACUGCGUUCGACUGUUCUGGGACAUUUCUCCGAACAUAGAUGAACGCAACAGAGCAGGGAAUCCCUCUAAUCUAUGUUCGGGGACAUUUCCCCGAGCCUAGAUUAGAGGGAUUCCCUGCUCUUGUGCGUUCGUCUAUGUUCGAGGAAUGUCCCUGAACACAGACAUGAGCACCAGAGCAGGAAAUUUCUCCGAACAUAGACAAGCACACCAGACCAGGGAAUCCCUUAACUCCUCACUUACCAACCGGGUCGUAGGAAUGGAACCCGCUCGGUAAGUGUAGAGUACCUGCAAAUAUUUUAUAUAAUGUAGACGCCAUAACUUUUAAUUUUUUUAUUAUACUCUGUUACAAUUUAACUUUCCAUUUCUGAAAUCUAAUAUGUGCCACGGUGAUAUAAAACAAAUCAGUACCCUCAAAUGUAUGACUUUGGCAUUAAUUUGUGAACUUACAGUGCCAUUUAAGACAAUAAAAAUUUUCGGCUAUGAAUUUGAUGGACUUAUUUCACAUUUUGGGUCAUUGUAGCAGUUUUACAUCUUAAAUGCAUACCAUUUGUGAAAGUGGACACUACAGGGUAUUUCAUAUGGUAUAUUUUGAGCCUUAUUAUACAGCCAUUUUAGCACCAAUUUAUUUUUAUUAGUAUUGUAUUUUUGCCCUUUUUACGUGCACAUUGCAAUUUAGUGAUUUAUUUUGUAAAUUCGAUAUGUUCUUCUGUAAUAAAAAGCACUAAAUUGUGCUCCGCUAUAUCUCCUGAGUACAGAAUAACCCUUUUCGGAUACCCUAUUCACAUUGAGGUACUUUGAGCCUUUUUCAUAUGUCAAUUGUAGCACAAAUUUAUGUUUAGCUAUAUUCCCAGAAUAUUUUCAAGAGUGGUCAGAGGCCUUCUAUUAGUAUUUACCUGAACUAAUACAGCCACAAGAAUAAGUGAUAUUUAGUGUAUCAUUAAAGGUGACGUUUUUUGAGCAACAUAUUCAGAAAAUCAUUUAUUUGGACUUCUAUAUUAUAACUUCCAUUUUCCUAGGGCUGCAUUUUUUCCCUCUUAUGUUAAAGCUUGCCAUCCACCCACAGGGAAUGUGGUUAGCAAUACAGUGUGUAAUGUCUGGGGGCGAGCACGCAUGGUUACAUUCAUUGCUGAAUCCAGGAAGUUGUAGAAAAAUCCUUUUAUUCUCUCACAUUCUGUUUACCAUUAACUCUGUCUCUGAGUCAAGGUCACAUAAAGGGUACGUGAAUGUUUAAAUCAACAGGUAUAACCUUCACUAAACAAAUUAACAGUGGAAAAUCCAAUGAAAGCCCUCUGUGUGAUAAUAUAUACUGGUACUUUUAGGAGCAGCAACAGGAGCCUCAUUCAUAUAUUCUAUAUACACAUAAACACAAUAUCCUCAACAUCCGUAAUAGUUUCAGAAAAACAUCUCCUAUAUAUUGUGACCUUCAAGAAACAUUUCACAUAAAUAAAAUGUUAUUUGUGGGAGUCAGACUAAUUUUAUUAUUUGUUCUAUGUUUCUGAGCAGUAAGGGGACAUUUGUUUUUCACUAGACUAGCACUUUCCCAGAAAAGUCAUUUAACUGAACUUGCGUGUUGUAACUUGCUAUCUGAGUGGAUGCAGAUGGGCUCACGUCUUGUGUGCUGUUAAAAGAGAAUAUUUAUUUAACAUCAUUCCAUAUUCAACUAUAUUCAACAAUAUAUGAAUAGCGAUUCCUGUACAUUGGGGAAAAUAUAAACAUGUGAUUGUAAUCUGAUUUCUAGGUGGAAUUCCCUGAGGCACGCAUCUAUGAAGAGACCCUAAAUGUAUUACUCUACGAGACACCUCGCGUACCUGAUAACUCCUUGCUGGAAGCCACAAGUCGAACUCGUAGCCAGGCAUCUCACAGUGAGGAUGAAGAGGGUUUUGAGCUUCGCGACCGCGUACGCCGUAUUCAUGUGAAGCGAUAUAGCACAUACGAUGAUCGACAACUUGGUCACCAGUCUGGUUACAGAGACUGACACUACAACGGUCAUACUGAAAACUCAGUUAAGAUUUUCUUCACCUGGUGAAACUUUUUUAAUAAAUCCCUGUUUCUGGGAGGUUAUAACUUCCAGUUCAUAUUCUAGCCUUUUCAUGCAUGUUGUAGUAGUCUCUUCUCCAGCCUGCAGUUUCAUUUGAUGACAUAACUUAUUUGGAGACUGGAACAGGUUCAUUUUAGCGUAACCUUAGACCAAGUGGAGAAAAUUGUUCCCUAAUCUAUUUUUUUUUAUUUUUUAUUUUUUUUGUCAACACAAGGUAUUUCUGCCUACCAUUAAGUAUAAACUAUUUGUACUACCGAGUUCUGGUGUUCUGUGAGAUUCCUAAAGGAUCUCAAAUACAGCUGCUCAGGUUCUUUAUUUGUGUGAAUACAUACGUAAUAUCAAUGACAAGUAAGAGUUUGGGGUUGGCAUUACACAUCUCAUGGUUUGGAGGUCCGAUCUGGAUAUAAAAUAAGACCCUAUCUGAGACAUUUUGUCAGCAUGUGAGUAAGGCUUCAAAUUACAACAGCAAUCCAAAUCAUUUUCGCUUGCCUGGUUAAUCCUGAAUGGAAUAUUUAGGUCUAGAAUUAUUUUAGCUUAAAGCAUGAUUACCACUUUGUCACCUAUCAAAAUUUCCUAGUUUUUGUUUUUUUAGAAGCUGUGGAUUGAUUUUGCAUCACGAUCUGCAAACUUUAAUAUUAUUGGUGCCUCAAAGCGCCAAACAUUACCCGGCCAAACAUUUUUCUUUUUAGGUGAUUAUAUGCAUGCAUGAAUGCCAGUUUUGAGAAGGAUUUACCAAAUUCCAUCAAUGCUUUCUUACUAUACAAAAGCGCACAGUAUAUAAAAAUCGUAGUCCAAAAAAUGUUCCCAAUACACUUCUGUGAUUUUUUGAUUUUUUUUAUUUAUUUAUUUUUUAAAUUGAAUUAGUAGCAAUUAUUCCACCUUACAAUAUUAGGUGUUAUCCAUUGGAAGCACUGAAGUAGGUUUCUUCUUCAUUGUAUAGAGUGUAUUUAUAUAUAGUAAGAUUGUAUCUUUAUUCCCCUCACAGUGCUAGAGACGUGGAUAUAAAAGUAAGGUUUUCAGAUGUGAAGAUAACAUACCACUAUAUUAGGAAAUUUUACAAAUUUGUUUAACUCUUGCAAAGUUUGCAAAGUAUAUUUUUCCUGGCCAGUGAGCCAGCAGAUAGAGGCAAAGAAAAGGUCUAGCACAUGUAUGCCAAACCAAAAAUCACUCACUAGGACGGGAAAAACACUCCUAGUAUCUCUCCGUAAUACGUAUUAAUGGUUAGGUUAAUGACCUUUGUGUUACGUACUGUUAGGGGGCUUGGUCAAUAUUCAUUUGUAUGUUUACUACUGCUUAUUUUUAGUUUAUUUUAGUUUUCUUCUUCCUAUAGCGGAAGCAGAACAUUCUGAUUUUAUAUUUUAGAAAAUAUUUUUUCAUUCAGGUUUCUAUUUUGUAUUUGUAGCCUUUUUUUUUGUAACCCUUUGACAAGAAUAUUUUCUUUAAUCUGACACUAACAGGUCUUAAUGCUAAAAUGAUGUAAUGCUUUCAUUUUAAUUUCAUGUGAUAUUUAUUUUAAGGCUCUGGUCAAAUGGUAGAAAUGCAAUAUUUUGGAAAAGACCACUAGCAUAGGAGUCUUGGCUUGUAAUGCAACUUACAUUUAAGAUUUAUUUUCUUCAUAUGUGAGAAACUUUGUGUCUGCCUCACUCAAAGAUUAGGACACAAAACCCCGGAGCACUCUAGUAUAAUGAGCAACUUUUGUCUGUAUCCCAUAGUAGACUUACUCUCAGAAGAACAAUAUCCUACAAGAGAGAUCAGCAGUCCAUGCCUACCUUGCCAUGCUGGUUCUUGUUGGUCAAUCAAUGUAAUGGCUUGGGCCUACUUAAAUUGAAUCCUUAUAAUUUUAAUAAAGUGAUAGCAUACAUAACCAAGGUAUCUUAAUUUGUACUUACCGGUAAAUUACUAUUCAAAACUGUAAAAGUUCCAGGGAUGGAGGGUUUUUUCCCCCUGGUUGUUAAAAAGUUAUAAUUAACUUCAGACAAACUAUGGGUUAUUAAGUCUUAAUUCUUCCACAGGUUUUGAAAGUCUUAUCAGUCAUUCAAAUCUGACUUAUUUUUUUCUCCCCAAGUUAAUGCCUUUGUAAUUCUGUAUGCAUGCAUGUGUGGUAGAAAUCUGCUGAAGUUGGCCAUUUCAGGGAAGCGUACACCAAGCCGAUGUACUAAAAUAUAACACUAUAAUAGUGGCUCGGUUCCCUUUAGAUCAGGCUUCCCCAAACUUUUAGAUGGUAGCGUGGGCAAUGUUAAAAAUGUUUCACAGUAUGUCAAUGCCUGUAUUUCUUUGAAAAAAUAUAGCAGAAAAGCAAUAAGUCCACUUUAAAUUACAGUAUAAUUUGAGAUACCACUGCUUGCUUCAGAUGUAAGUAGCUGCCCCUAAGUACAGUUGACACGUUGGACUACUUUUGAUUAUUGUUUAAUCACCAAUGCUGUGAUCAGUCUGUCUGAGAAGCAGUUUGGCUCCUCUACACCUAUACAUUUGAGGGGUGGGUUUUGGAAACAUUUUAAUAGGCUGCAUGCUCUAAAAAUACUAAAUAAUAAUUUAUAAAUAAUUACAAAUCUUCAACCUGUGCCAAUCCCUGAACAUAUAUGGAACAGUUAUGUGUCUGUUUUGACCUUUAUCCAUAACGAAGUGUGUGAUGGUUUGUAAUAUUUGAUUUUUAUAAUGUUUUUGUUUGCCUUCAGAUGACAUUUUCAUUGUAAAUCAGCACAGGAAAAAGUCAGUAGUGUGUAGUAAAACACACUGCUUGAUCACUAUAAAAAUGCAUCCAUACAAGACCACUACAGACAAGCUAUAUCUUAUAGCUGAAAUGUAUGUAUCUCCAAUAAACCCCAUUUAAAGUGCAAUACCUGAAUAAUUGCAUCAUAUAUACUGUUACCUGCCGCAUGUUUUUAUGCAAUCAUCCAAUAUAAAUCCACAAAAGCAAAACCUAGGAAUCGUUUGUGUUGUUUGUUUUUGGUUUUUGUUCAUUUUAAUUUUCAGAUGUGUUUUUAUUAAUUUAAAAUUAAUGGCAUCUUAAUAAAGUGGCAGACAAUUAAUAUAGCUCAAUCCGUAUUGAUUGGUUCAUAAUGAACUUGCCUAGCUGCAGUUUACUAGACCUGAAGCAAAGCUAAUUAUGCACGUGGAGUUUGAAAGAAGGGGUUGGUAAACUUGUUGGCACACAGUCUUAAAGUAGAGCAAUCAAUCAAAACUGGUGUUAUGGCAACUGUUCUAAUUUUUUAGAAUUACUUACAGUAACUUUUUGCAGAUUUUCACCAAUAUUUCACCAACAGUGUGUUCAAUUGUAAAGCAACCCCCAAUUUAACAAUGUGUUUUUUUGUUUUGUUUUUUUAAAUGGUUGUCUAGGUUUCAUAUUUGGGUGGGUUUUGCUUUUCUCGGUUGCAUUCAAAAUUUGGAUACCACAACUGUGAGUUUGACGUUUCCCGUGAUUAGUGCUCAGCUUACAUAAGUAUUUUAUUAUUUUAUAGCUGAGACACAAUUUUUUACUUAUCUGUAAGCAUUUUUCAACCAGAUGUCUGCAUUGCUUGGUCUAUAUUUUUGGGGAGGACAUUUUUUUUUUUUUAAACACAGCUCCUAAUUUUCCUAAACUAUAGUUCUAAUCAGGCCUGUGUGAACAAUAAAAAUUAUAAAGCAAUUUGUUACUACUUAAGCACUCCUGCCCUGACUUUUCUUUUUGCUUUUCAUAGCUUUGGUGAUGGUUAUGCAUGUUGUUUGUUUUUAUUUUAGUUAUUUUAUUACUUUUACUGCUGAAAAGAAAAAAUCUUUAGUUUUAAAUUUAAAUAUUUCAACUUAAGGAUAUUGUUUUAAUGCAACAAUUGGAAUGUUUAGUUUUUUUUGUGGAGUUUGUUUUUCGAGUCACCUUUUUGUAUAGAUUUUUAUUCUACCAUUAUAGUUGCACAGCUGGGAUGUGCAGAAAGUAUUUUGCUUUAUGUUCUUUAUAGGUUUAUUGUUUGUGUUGCUUGUUCAUAGAAGAAAGGACACUAUUUAAAACUAAUAUGGCAUCUUGGGGUUUGUCCCAUUUAAAUUGCAUCAAGGACAUUCUAUACAUUAUGCAAAAAUAUGUAAAAACUAUUAACGACUCGCUUUUUAUCAGGAGCUUCUCAUUCCGAUACAUAGGAUUUUUUUCUUAUUCCAUAAAACCCUGUCCAGCUUGGAACUACUCAGUAUGUAGACCUCCUGAACCAUAGAUCAUUGCGUUACAUGUGCAUGAUAUGGAAAGAAAGAAGAUCCAUCAUUGAUUAAAUUUGCAUUUUGCGCACCCCUGUUCCUGAGAUUCAUUCUUUUUGUUCUGUGAGGUCCAGAGAAAUAAAUAUUAAGAUAUACAUAUGGGCCUAAAGAGAGAAAAAUUUCAAUCUUAUGUAUCUGAUACAGUGGGACCUCGGUUUACGAAUUUAAUGCGUUCUCCGGGACAUUUCUUAUUGCGAAAAAUUUGUUUCCCAUAGGAAUGCAUUGAAAACCAAUUAAUCCGUUCUGGAGGUCAGAACAAAAAGUCAAAAUGAGCUGGCAUGGAAACCAACCCAUAAUGCAGAACACACAAUAAAAGGCAUGCAAACGACGAAGCUCAGCUCCCUACCUUUCCGCCGCUUGAGAAAUGCAGCAAAAAGUACCAAAACAACUGCAAACAAUUUCCAGAAUGGCUUCAAAACUCGAUGCAAAAGCCACUCCAACACCUCCACACUCGAUGCCACGUGCUACCCACAGGCUCCAGCAUGCAGGGGGUGGUGCUAUAAACCUCCCAGGUGCAAUGCAUCCUGGGGAAACUUGCUUUGUAUUGCGAAAAAAAAUUGUAAACCGAGGCAUUAUUUUCAAUGGAUUUUCAUAUGUAAACCGAAAAUUAUGUUAACUGAGACGUUUGUAAACCAAGGUCCCACUGUAUUUGCAACCCACUUGUCUGGUUGCUGUGUGGAGCCAUGCGUACAGGUAAAUAUUAUUCUAAAAAUUAUUCCUAAAAUUGCAAUAAUGCAUCACAUCCAUAUUAAGAGGCAAACAGAUGUCAUGGGGCUUGCUCUGUACAAAUGCUUCAAUGCAUGUUUAUGAGCAGUCAGUUAGCUUCCAUCACAUACAUAAAUUGCUUAAUUGAAAGAACCAGAGGAAGCACAAUGGUGUAUAGUCAGGAGGGGUUUUGUGAUAACUCAAAUAUUUAUGUAAAAUACAUUUUUUUGUGAAAAAAAUUGCGCUUUGAUUCAGUGUUCCAAGCAAUACAAAAUAGGUUUUAGCACUUUUUUAAAAGGGAAAAUAUUGAUUAAAUAUAAGUUGUUCCCUUAUUUAAAGCACAUUUUACAACAGUCAAAUAUUUUACAUUGCAUGAUCGGAUUUGCCAGGCUAGGAGAAACAGCUAUGCAUAUUUUAAAAAUAUCUCCCUGAGAAGGAGAUGUAAAAUAAGAAAAAUCUAUUGACUUUUAUAUUUUUCUUUUAGAGUACAGAUAUACAGUGUGUGUGCAAUUUCUAACUAUGUAAGCACUCCUGCCCUGUCGUUUGGUUUUUUUAUAUUUUUUUUUUGGGAGCAUGCAUUUUAGGUUAUAAGAAGAUACCUGGCACUCAGGAAAAUUAAACUCUGCCUGUUAUACAGUGACAUUAUGCCACAUUUAAUAUGUUGGGCUAGCAAAGUUGGUAAAUACUACAUAAGUAAAUAUGUAGUAUGUAUAAAUUAUUGCAAUGCUAAUUAGGUUGAUUUGUGUACAUUCCACAAUGGUGACUCAGUACUAUGCACAAAUGACAUUCUGGAAUUUGACUCACAAUCUUCGUGAUAUAUCACAUUGCACACACAUAGAAGGCAAUUUCAGGUGUAUAUACAUUUUGACAAGGUUUUUGCUAGUAUCCUAGUUUAGGUCAAAAGCCAUUUUCAGCAGGAGAUUUAGCAUACCACAUACUUUCUACACACAGUUCCAAGAAUGCACUGGACUUUAACCUGCAGGGGUUGUUAAUUAAACAGGGAUUUGCCAGUAUUCUUGUACAAUAUGAUUUGGAGAAAGUUGCCAACUUGGUUUCUUUUCCAGUUUGACUUUUGCAGUCUUUGAUGUGCAGUUCACUGGUCAGUUCAUGGUUAAGUGUAUAACCAUCAAUGUAUCCUGUCCUUAUGUAACAUGUCUUGAAAGAGUUAACUAGACAAAUAUGUUCUUGUUGUGUUAUACAUUUUGCUCGAUUUUGUGUAAAAUAUUCACUUUAAAUAAUCCAUCUCGAAGAAAAAGGGACGGCCUUGCAUCUUUUGUCAUGUGAUUUUUUUUUUUUUUUGAUUUUUUUUUUUCUUGCAUUGUUGGCCCACAUCAAUUAACCACAUAAUGUUCAUAUCAAGGGUUAUUUUCUUUUUUAAAGGAAAGUAGCAGUAUUAAUUGUCUUGUGUCAUUAUUGGAUUUCAUUUCCCUGAGUGAAGGAUCUAUUCAUCUUUUUGUUCAAGACCAUUUCUUGUGAUUUGAAACUUAUUUAACCCUAUAGAAAUUUCUGUACAUUUUAAAUUUGACUGGAAAAUGAAGCACUAACUUUUUAACAAUAAACUCGUAUGAAGAUGUC